AUGUCUGCAGGAAAUCCACGAGCUGCACGUUUAUCGUCUGCAAAUGGCAAGAAAACGCGAAGAUCGGCAGAGGAGAACGAAUUAGUUGGCGCGAAAGGCCACUCGAAACCACGAAUUUCGCCGUCCGUGAUAGAACAUGGAUUCCAUACCGAUAAAUACAAGACACAUUACAGUGCUUGGACGCCUGUUAUGAAUGCAGCCUCCAAUAAUCAAGUAAGUCAGCAAUUUAAAGUUGCCUUUUAUUCUCGUUUUCCGGUUUGUAACUGUGUUUAAACAACCAAUUUGAAGUCCUUUGUGAUGGUUCACAACUUCACAGUUUGAAUUUUGAAAAGGCACUUGUGCUAAUUGAGAGCUUAUUAUUGUUUUCUAUUCUGCUUCUACAGAUGUUUCUGGAACGGCUAGAGCUCAUCGGACACUGGGUAAGACAUUGAGAGAGCUUGCAGCGAGAAAAAGGAAAUUCAAAUUGGCCAGCAGAAGCAAAAUAAAAAUGUGGAAACGAAGCUUAAAUUUGUAAAACAUCUGCUUGUCGGCCAUUAAGUUGGAUCGGCCUUGAGAUCGAGACUUCAUGGGCAUCUGUCGAUCUCUUAAACCUUAAUACGCGAAGUUCAGUGAACUGGAAUUUUAGGCUCUUUUUUGACAGCAAGACUUUCUCUGCACAUAAUGAAGAAAUGACUUUCACGAAGUCGGUACGAAGUUGCCAUCGAUCUAAAACAUUUUUUCUGAAACAUUUUAGACACGUCGGGUCAAGGGCCUGUGAUAGGGGUGCAAGAUCGUUGGAGAUUUAAAAUCUGGAGACUCUUUCUUUUACAUUAACCCCUGCAAAAUAUCAACUACCACCCCCCUCCCGAUAUUCACAAAUUGACGGAGCCCCCAAAUUAUAACAUGGGUGUGGCUAUGGAGUUUAUACAAAGUCUUAAGGGAGUGCAGACCAUCAAAAUUCACUUUGACGAAAUAGUCUUUGUCAGUGAAAAACUUAAUUACAGAAAAGCUCAAAAGGGAGAUUUGGCGACCUGUAUGGGAGACUGGGAGAUUGGUACCAUAUCCGGGGGAGUCUCGCAUAAUCUAGGAGAGUUGGCAUAUUAUAUGGUGAUGCACAUACUCUCUGAUGUGGUACUACUCCAUUGCAUUUGCUCAACACAGCAGAGUUUAUUCCCAGUCAAAACUGCUUGGCAAUUUCCUUUUCAUUUUUUGCCAAAUAUUUUGCAUGCAAUAGUGCUUUGCUUAUCUUGUGCAUCACAUCAGUGAUCUGUGCCCAUCCCUGCCUCCCCAGGGCAACUAUACUAGGCAUUUGCACACUUUGUCAGUUUUGAGGGUGGGGUAGCAUGGGCCAGGAGUUUGCCCACCUUCGGGCUACCCCUAGCCCUUGAGACACACGCAUGUUAUUCGCUUCAAAAUCCAGAUAUGGAGGAUUUUAUAAGAGAGGACCAGCAGUUUAUUACAGUUUGACUUAACCAUCAAGGACUGGACAAACUUGUAGAGGUUUUUAAAAGUAUAUUUUCGCAGUUUUAUUUAUUUUUUUUAUCGCUUAAUCAAGCCACAGCUCAAGCUAUCACUGACUACAUACAGCAGAAACUGCUGCAGUGUUUAUUGGGGAUGAACCCAGGGGGAGGGUAUUAUUUUUCUCUCUUCCUUUAUUCCAUAUGUGGGGCAUUUGGCAGCUUAAGGGUCCCCACCCUCUGUGACUUGCCAUCUAAGAAAAAAAUGCUAAUGCCCAGUGAUAAAUAUGCUCAGUGUAGGAUAGACACAGCUGCAAAUGACCCAGGCAUUCUGUGUACAUACAGUGCGCACAUACAUGACGUACUCUGACUGAGCCUGUUAAUCAUCUGGUGAUCAUUGACAGGGACACAUUAAUUUUAAAGAUACAAGAUUUUCUAAUUGUAAGGGCGCUGGACUUGUAUUUGUAAUUUGAAGUUUCAAAUACAUAUUCACAUUCUCACUAUCGUCAUCAUUAUCAUCAUGAACAGAAACAUGUUCAUUUUUAUCAUCAAGAUCCUUAAUAUCUGGGGAUAAAUUCUAUUGCAUAAGGUUUCACUGUUUCACAUGUUGAAUAAAUGGUGAUUAGUGAUUAAUUUUUUCAGUUCUCCAUGUGGACAGAUGCUCAACGGAAAAAAUUCCUCACCUUCAUCUUAAAGAAAUGUACCAAAUCUCAAUUAAAGUUUGUCAACGAAGGUUGGUUCAAAAAGCAGCUUCCAAUACAUCACUUAGACUACACCACUGUUCUGCCUCGCUUUAUUUGCACAUAUAUCUUCUCAUUCCUUGAUCCAAGAAGCCUUUGUCGUGCAGCUCAAGUCUCAUGGCACUGGAAAUUUAUUAGUGAGCAGGAUGUAAUUUGGAUGCCAAAGUGUCUACGGUUUGGCUGGUAUUUGCCAUACACCCCCAAUAAUAGGGAAUAUGGAUGUUGGAAACAUCACUAUAUCAUGUGUACUGGAUCUCUUGAUAUGGAAGCUUCAUCAAGAAUGGUAGGUUACAGUCUGAGGCAGGAUACUUUCUUAAAGUGCCGUAUUUCCCCGAAUAAUAGCUGGGGGCGAUUAUUUCUUUUUGAGCAUCAAAUGGGGGAGAUUAUUUGAGGGAAGGCGAUUAUUUGAGGGAGGUGAUUAUUUGAAAAAUAUUGCUCACUAGAAGUCAUGCCCUUUUUAUUAUUACAUUAAAUCAAAAAAUUAUAACAUCAAAUAAACUGAACAUGGACUUUUUAAGUGUUCCAAAUUUGUUUCCUUGAUUAAUAUUCAGAGCUUGAAUUGUCACUGAUCAGUUUUGCUGGAUCAGAUCCUCUUCAACUUGACAGAUAAAAGAAAGAGAAGAUGGAAAGAGGGGUGGGGAGGGGGUGAUUAUUCAAGGGAGGCGAUUAUUUUCAAUAUUUCCAUCAAAGGGGAGCAUUUUGAUAUUCGAGGGAGGCGAUUAAUGGAGGGACGGCUAUUAUUCAAGGAAAUACGGUACUUAUCCCAUUAUCACGAGAUUUUAUUUGUGCUGAAUUUUUAGUGAGGCCAUGAUUUGGGGACUUCAUAUCUAGAAUGGGGGUGUCUGUAUUUGAAUGGUUACUUAGAAAGGGUGUACCUUGGGUGGUCCACUGUCCACCCAGCUCUGUUAGUAGAGAAUGGGCUCAAAUCCAGACCAGAAUGAUCAGCUCAAUCCAGGCUCAUGGUAUGAUCUUGCUGGCUGCUAUGACCUUACCUAAAUUCAGUUGGGUGUUGAUGUUCAACUACUGCCCUUGUCUUGGAACUUCACCCUGUUUUCUUGUCAAUUAAAAAAAAACAAACCAUGCUGUUUCAAGCAAAAGAACCUUGUGUUGUCUGGGGUAACCAGUCAAGUUGUCCCAAAGACAUCUCACCCAAAAUUAGGUUGUCCAAAACCAGAGUUAUCUUGACAGAAAUGCUAAUUUAUGUUGUGCAAAGUUUUAACAUUUUGCGCGACAUAACUCUGGUUUUGUUUGACAUAACCUCAGUUAAGAAUGACUUUCAGGCCACUUGACGGUAUACCGGUGUCAGGCCUUUCAUUUCUUCUAAGGGUUGUUUAGGGAAGGGAUUGUUGAUUUGACCAAAGGCGUGGUAAUGUUUUGUUAUUAUGAUAACAAGGGGAAGAUUGUAAACUUUAAGGUUGCUGACAUUAGUGAGCUGAAACUUAAUCAGUGUCGCUCAGCUGGGACUUAAUUUCUUUAUGCUGCAUACUCAUUGCAUGCAUACCUGCAUGGUGAAAAUUAAUCGGUUAAAUGCUCCUUUUAUUUCUCUUCAUAAAUUCUUCUAAAACUUUUUUUCUGUUAUACAUAAUAUGAUUUACAAUACAGUACUGUAAUUCAAUAUACAAUGUACGAGCAGGAACAGACCUUACAUUGUAUUCUUUAUUCUUCAGGCAGAAAAGUAUGGGCAGUUUGCUGACAACACUGCUUUUAUGGCUGAGGAAAAAGAUAAAAAUAAAAUACAUAUAGAGAAGAAAAAGAACAAAGAAGUUACUUACUAUAGACAAGGUAGUCAAGUAUUAGUUAACUGUUCUUUUUUUGAUUUAUGGUAGUAGACUGCAAAUGACCAUAAAAUUAUUAAAAUUAAUUUUCAAUGUACUUUUUGUUUAUUUUGCAGUCUCCAUAUACAGGUUGUUUAGGCGAUUACACCUGACCUGUGGCAGGAAACUGCCUGCAAUUAAUAUAACAACUUUUUCUUUAAUUAAUAACAAAAUUAGUUUUUCGUAUGUCCCCACUAUAAUGAUAAAAGGUAACUUGUAGUCAGUAGAAUGAAAGAUGGUAAAAACGCUUAGAAUUCAGGCUCUCAACAGUUUCCUGGUCCUGAAUUGCAAGUGGUAGGUAGGCGAAAAUGGUAAGAUACUCAGAUCAGCGCUCUAGGCCUUACGAUGUGACCUGUUUUAUUUGGUGUAUUGGGCCUGUUUACGUGGAGGUGAAAGACCCCACGUUAGGGUAACCCUCCUGUCCAUAUGAUCUCUCAUAUGGUCACCCCACCUAUCAUGUUAACGUGGUCAAAUCAUAGUCAAAUUAAAAUGAGAGAUUGACGAGAUUAUACGGACCGCCGGGUUACCCCCACCUUCAUGUAAACAGGCCCUUAAUGUCAUGGCAGUGAUUGGGUGGGUGGAGUGAGAUCUCUUUGCUUACAUGGACCAGUGCCAUAGUGGUGCCAUCUUUUACACUUCCCUGUUGAUCUUGUCUCUCCACUUCCCCUGCAAUUUGCCACUUUAGUAGCCUACGAAAACGGCUGUCUCACCACACUCCUUCCUACUAGGGACGUUUCACCAGGGGGGAUGUCUGCACCUCAACAACAGAAAUUCCAUACUGAUCACGGUAAAAUUAUGUCCAGAAUCUGGUCAAAAGCUCUGAUUGGUCGACAUAGUAGUUAUACAUGUAUUGUUUUAACUCUUGUUCACAAAUGUCAACAAGCAAAAGAGAAACGGUCAUAAAGGUCAAAUUAAUGUUAACACAGUUAACACAAUGAAUCUACACUACAAAACAGUCAAUAUUCGUGGAAAAUAUUGUUCUUAAGAAGAAGUAUCCAAGUUUUGAAGGAUCUUGUUUGCAGAAGAACACAAAACUUUACCAUAAUUGGCAAGGAGAACAAACAACAAAAACUUCAUUUACAUGAAAAUCAAUAUAUUUCAGGUACAGACUACCUGCAAAUAGGGAAUCUAAUCGAGGAAUUCUGGUAUGGAGACAUUUCACUUACACUUAAAUUACAAUAUUAAUACAAAGAAUAUUACAAAAUAAUAAAUAUGGUAUUACAGAUUAAUCAGUUAUUUUCUUCUUGAAUCUAUGUUUGAGGAGUUUUCUCAGAGCUUCUGGUGCACUGUUCCAAAUUUUCGCGCGUAUAAUGGAGAAAGAAUUCUUAUGGUGAUUUUUACAUUUGGAACCCCCAUGACUACCAGAUUUGUUAUUUAAACUUUGAUUUACAUCAUCAGAAUGGAAUUUAUAUUGCUGAGUAGCAGACGUCCCUCCCAGCAAAACGUCCGUAGCGGCGAGGGGCAAGCAUAGAUGGCUGUUUUCGCAGGCUGCCACUAAAGAAAUGAGAAAGAAACUGUGCUAAGCUAACUUUCUGUUUCGCAAACACUUUUGGCACUGUUACAAGAGACAAGUAAAACAAAUUGGCCAAUAGCCAGUUAUAGCUGACUGGCACGUCCUCAAACAUUCUCAGAAACAACUGCGGGACAUAUUUCUGCUCUAGUUCCCUUUUCUUUUCUAAAGUGGUGAAUUCUGCCAAAAGAUUCGAGCCAGAAACUUUAUUAAGUUGAAGCUCGUUCAAGAACACAUUAUUUAGUGGCAUGGCCCCUCAGCAACAUACAAAUGAAGCUGAAUGAAAAAUGACAUACAGUCAGGUGAUAAUUCAUGGGAACACCAUCUCAAUGUACACUUCUGAGUACCACUUUUCACAUUCUGUACCAGAGAAACGCCGUCCCCCGUGGCUGGACCCAGAUCCUAAACCUCCUGACUUGGAUAAUGCCAGGAAAGCUUUGUUGUAUCAACACAACCCUAAUCAGCCCCACUCCCCGGACAAACUGAGAACAGAGAGACUGGGACUGAGUACCAGACCUUUGCACAGAAGGUCACUUACAGCUCCAGCACAAAUGGGUGUGGAGAGAGCGAGCGUGGACAAGGUGAGAAAAAAUAUUAAGGAGCUUAAGCAACAACGACGGGGACGGCUACGAAAACGUCACUUAAAAAAGUGAAUUCGCACUGCCUCAAACUUUAUCGCGCUUAUUCCAUCUCGUUUAAUUUCCCAAAAUUAAUGUUGACAAAUUUUUUUGGAGUUGAAUUCUAAAGGAAUGUGUCAAAGUUCAGGAAAAGAAAAAGAAAGUUGUUGUCUUGUGUUCGGCCAUCCUCGACAAAACGUGAAAAAAGGCACUUUCACGUCGUAGUCGUGCAACGACGGCAAACAAAUGUACAAAAAAGAGUGAUGCACGUGCAGAGUUGUUGUUUUGCCAAUCUAAUCCUAUUGCUUUUUUGCUGUUCUUGUUGCCGUCGCCGUCGUCGUUGCUUAAGCUCCCUGAUAUGAAUCUGCGGGUGGGUCACUUUACGGCCUCUCCACAUGAGCCCGGUUGACGGGGACCAAUUCCGCCCUGGUUAAUAUGAGAAAUUUCAGCCCGGUUUCCGAGAUGAAAAAAGGCCGAGGAUACUGACUGGAGACAGCGAGUUCUGGUGCGAAAUUCGAGAAAUGAAGCAAAUAUGACGAAACACAAAGUUAUCACUUUCGCGCCUAUCACAGUUUUGGCAACUCUUAUAGCUAUAUCACUGCAGUUAAAUGGGAUGCUUAUGAUGAGGAAAAUACAGCAGGCAAAGCAAGACGAUACAGAAUUAAUUCGAAGAACUCAUCCCUCUUUCAUCUCUGUGACAACAACAACAAUGUUGGGAGGCCCGUGUCACAUAGCCUGUUAGGCCAGUUAUUUUUUUUCGCAGGCCGCGAGAGGGCAAUGGGCGCACGUCUUCGAGAUUUCUCCCUUCGCCCCAAGGAAAAAUAAACAAGAAACCAUUGGACUCGGAUAUCUCAAAUCUCUUUGGCAGUGAUCACCCCUAGUGUCUAUCUGUAAUGGGUUCGAGGCAAGAGAGAGGGAAUUGGUAGAGAAAUAAUGCAUUUCGCCAGACCUAAAACGUUUUCCCAGAAGUUGUGUUUUCCUCGUUUUUAUUGCCUUCCCCGCCAAAGCAUUCUAGUUUUUUUCACUGCGUAACAAAGUAGAAAAGUUACUUUUCCUUUUUAGAAUUACACUAACAUUAACUAUUGUAUUGAGCGAGUCGAUAAAAGUGAAAGUCGAAAUCACCGAGUUCGGAUUUUUGGCCAUUGGGUUGGUAACCUUAUUUACUGAGUUUUUGUCUUUCAUUAGAAGCUGCCACCCACAGCCCCUUUGAAGAUAUAUAAAAGGAAGAAGAUAUAAAAAGGAAAAAAAAAGAAACACGCUGCUAACGAUCCUGUGAUUUGUUUUCUUUUUCUUUCUGUACGACAAUUUGCAGAUUAGCGAAGUUCGCGAUAUCAACGGAAACAUAGUCGAAGAAGGAAAAGAACCAGUACAUCCGUCAAAACUGACGUUGACCGAAGCUUUGGCUGCUGAAUCAGGUGGUAUGUCGAACUCCUUUAUCUACCAAUUUUGCCUCUCGAAAGUCUGUGCCGUGAACUUCAAAUGAGUUUAAAAGGGACUGUGUCACGGCUGUGUAGGUCAUUGGUUUAGAAGCUUUAAGAUCCAACGACGCGAAAACAACGAGAACUUCGCUUAAAAAGUGAAUUUGCGUUCUUUCAGUCUUUCUCGCGAUUAUUCCUACCUACUAACUUUGUCAUAUGUACGCGAACCCUCCUGAAUUUGAAUUCCAAGGGACCAUACUCAAGUUCAGAAAGCGAAAUAAAAUUUCGUCGUUGCUUGUUUACGUUCUCCAUAGAACACGAAAUUAGGUAUUUUCACGUCGUAAUAGUGCCAAAACGGUAAAGAAAUGUGCAAAAAAACUUGAAGCACUUGCAAAGUUGUUGUUUUGCUUAUGAAACCUAUUGUUUUUUUAGAUGUUCUCGUUGCCGUUCACGUUGUCCGUUCUCGUUGCCGUUGCGUCGUUGAAUCUUAAAGUCCCUUAUUUCCAACGACGCGUCUUUAUUCGCUAAGGAACUUGACAUUAGCGUGGAUUAUAUUUGUAAAUGACAAAAUCACAGCUUCUUUUCAAGCAAAUGUCCUUCCUAAUUUAUUAUAUUAGAGGUUACAGUCAACAAAAAUGAACUUUGAAAAACUGUUAGGCUUAAAAAAAAAAAAAAACUGCAAGUGCAGUUCGGUUAAAUCUUCUUCGAGUUUGUCCACCCGUGCCUUCUUUUGUCUUCGUUGUGUUAUUUAUACCUCCUUGUAACAUUUUGAUCUCUUAGUUUCUCUUUGUUUCACUCAAUUUGGUGGCAGUUGCUGUUCCCACUGUUUGCAUUGUAAUGAAUUUUGUGCCACAGCUUCUUCAUAGAGUUAAGAAACGUGAGUUUGUGGGAGGUUGUUCCUCCAAUGGCUAGCCUGUUCCAGGCUCCGAGAUAGUGGUGAAAGUGAAAAGUCGCGCGCGUCUUAUUUUCGCUUUGCUCGUUUAAUACGUCCCCACUAUACUAUCUGAGAGCCUGGCACAGGCUACCAAUGGCCGCCUCAAUGUUCGAAAAUUCGUUGGAAGCCACACACUUACGCUCCACGCUUUUUCAAAGCAGAGAGAAAUUUCAUGGAGAAAGACAACAAAUUUCAAACUUCAUUGAAAUUUUGGUCUAAACUUUGCCACUUUUAAGUAAAAUUUGAUUUUUUUUGCUUUAUUCAGUGUUUCAAUGAAUAUCAUUUGUUUGUUUUACUCUACUGGACGUUCUUGUUCAGUAGCAGGGAGCCAUUACAAAAGAGACUAAAACGGCGACUCAUUUGUUUAUGCAGUUGAUGAGGCUCUUGUAGAGCAGUCUUGGUCCAAAUCAGUCCCGACGUCUCCUGUCCGAAGGUAGGUCUAAUCUCCACGAAUUUCAAUGCACCGUCUGUGCGUUGUUCGAUUAAUGAGAGGAAUUCUUUUUGUUUUGGCUUAAGGUAUGGAAAAACGGGCAGCAAAAAACGUGCAACUUGUUUUUCAAAAUUGCUGCAAAACGAGUUUACUGGCGAUGUUGCGCGUCAUAACACCCACAUAAAACCUGUCUUGCAACAAAUCAGGUUGUUAGCAAGUUGGUAAAACGCGCAACAUCGCUAUUCAAAUCGUUUUGCAGCAAUGUUGCAAAACAAAAUGCACGUUUUUUGUUGCCCGUGUUUCGGUACCUUUACGACACAACGCAACGCGUAAAACAGUACUUACGCGUCGUUAGUUUCCGCUGCCUGUUUUUAGACAAUUUUUUUUUCAUAAAUUCCGUUUGUGAUUUUUAUUCUUACAGACAUGAUCUCACUUUUGGUAUCCAUCCAAGUGCUCACGAUUCAAUGUUAAAAUCAACAAAAGACAACCAAGUGAGUCUUAUGUAUCUGUAAUAUGUACAUUCUUUGCAGUAUUCGGUGUUGUAGCGUCUUAUCUAGAUGCAUUCAUUGGCGGUGCCCGUUCAUUUUGGCCCAAACCCGAAAAAUGAUACCCUGUUCAAGGGAAAAACAAAAACUUAAUAUUAAAUGGUAACGCACAAACCUUCAUUAAAUCGCUUUCCUAAUACUGUAAGGACUAGUUCAGUUUUGACAAGUGCUUUGUUUGUCAUCUAGCUGGGCAUUCACGCACUUGAAUCUCAACUGAUAAAAUUGAGGUACCCUAUCUCAAAAACAAUAUCCUGCCGGUUGGCACAUGCCUAUCUAUCCCAUAGCUGCGAGAGCCCCCCCCCGCCCGCCCCGCCCCCCCCCCCUUGAAUUUUGCUCACGCCCUCACUCCGAGAGGUUUUUUUCUGUUGAAUUGAGUUAGUCUUGCUCGCAGGCUACUGUUGAAUUUUUGUUGAAGUUUUGCAGAGAAGAAUAUAAUAGUUCUUAAAUGCGUUUGCUCUUUGUGAAUUUUAGGACCUUGGAGUUUGUGUCACUCCUACAGUGAUUUUCAUUUCGUCCGAAAUACCUGCUUGUGAGGUAAGAGUUCUCUUGCUUUGAUAGCAAGAGUUUUACGGUCCUCACAUGAAAAACCCUUCAAGACUUUCAUUUCCUAUUUUAGGCGCGCGGGAAAACGGGGGGGGAGCGUAGCUAGGUAUUUAUUUAUUUGAAUCACAAGUGUUCUACUUCAAAGAAGCAAAGGAAGAACCUUUUAUUUACUAUAUCACAGCAACAGAAAAUUAUGAUUCUCGAGCUUUGUAAGUCAUGUUUUCAUACCAGUUAAAAUAAACCUGAAAACAAAGCGGGCUGAAAGAACCUUUCCGCCCUCCACCCUUCCAACCGGAAGGCCAGUUAAGAGGCUAUAAAGAUUUGCGACUUUCACGUUCCUCAUAAUGCAACUUGUUUUCCCCACAAAAUUUGGCAUGAGAAUUGUUUUCAAUUCCGUUUGGGACUAAUAAUCGUCCUUGAGAAAUUGAAAACAAACGAGCACAAAACUUUGAGGGAAAAAAAUUACAUUAUGGGUACCUUUCGGCGCGUAAUUCCUUGUCCUACUUUAUUGUUCUUUCUUUUCUCUUUCACUUGACGUGUCAUGACAAUUUUGGCUUUUUAAUGUCGCUAGUUGCUGUUGGCAGCUGUUAUGUUUGGCGUCAUUGCAAUACCAUAUGAGUACGACGGCACAACACUUGACGCCAUGUUGGAAAAGUUGAGACUUGCUCUGAAGGGAAGGCAAGCCAAGUAAGUGUGAACUGAACUGCUCGCAAGAUUUACAAGCGAACAUGAACUGCUUCCACCUAUACGUAUGUUCAUGGCCUCGUAGGGUUCACACUUGAAAUUUGGGACAGGUUUACACGAGCGACGCCAACGCAAACACAAGACAACUCAUGAGUAAACUUCCCCACCUGCAAGCUGUCACAAGAAAUGCAAAAUUGCGUUUCUUUUCUUGCGUUGGCGCUUAACUUGCGUUUAAAUUUCACACGUGUGAAACGGAACAACGCGAGCGCAAAUGUUCGCCCGUCAUGUUGGGAUGCAGAAUGCUCUAAUGUGCUGGCGCAUUUCACUGUAUUUGCGUUUACGUUGGAUGGGUGAACAUCUCCCUCGCAUGCCUCUGUGUCGUUGGUGUAAACAAGCCCUUACUUUCUUGGCCUUUAAACUUCUUGGAAAUUAAUGAAAUUCUUUUAUGUACGAACAUUCUGGAACUUUAGAUUGUUGCUCAUUAAAUAGCUAAACUAAACGACACCGUAAGCUUUGUUAAUACCGGCCGGCAGUGAGUCGUAUUUGAUUUAUGCUGAUUAAACGCAAUCUAAAGUUUCCACAAUUUACCGUUGUUUGAAAAUGAAAUGUUUAUUCAUAAUUGCCAUAGGUUUGGAAUUGAAAUACUGUCAAAUUAUUGCAUGGUUCAUUAGACUGAAAGGGGUUUGCACUUUUUCUGACUUAACAAGCACGCAAUACUUCCAUGCAAUGAACAACUCGUUGCCUCCAUCGUUCAUUUGACUCGUCUGUUUGGUUAUCUCAGGUGCAUUGGCUUCUAUCUAUGGGGAGAAUCUGGCACUUUAUGCCUUGUUAGAGGUAAGAAAGGCCAGGGUGGGAGGGCCUAACCUUGUUCCCGUACGUAACACCCGUUAAUUGUUCUAUUGGCUUAAAGGUGAUGUUACGCGAGAUGAUUCGUAACGACGAUUUUCAGCGCAACACAACGUUGCAACAUUGUUGCGACAUUGUUUCGAAUAGUUACAACAUUGUUCCAACAUUGCAACGCUGUGUUGCGCUAAAAAUCGUCGAUGCGAAUCACUUUAAGGGGCCAUGUCACGACGAUUUUGCUGUUUUUUUCUGUGGUGAAGUCAUUAAUUAAUAGUGCCUUUAUUCAUACAUUAAAUGCUCCGUUAGAGAUAUGGAAAAGAUAUCAAACAAAUUUCAUCUGCGAGCACUAACCAUAAUAAUUCGUGUUGGUGAUUUUUGCAGAAGUAGCACUAAAACUGGAAAACAGUUGGCCCAGUUUUUGCAAGUUUCAAUCCAUUUCCAUCCUUGCCAUCUGUAGCAACAGACGACGGGAAAACAUUUCAGUGCUAAAUAUUGACUUAAAUAACAAAUCUAAAGCAUUAAGUUUUGGAAUUCAAUUGCUGCGAACACAAGUUUUAGCUCUUUAAAAAGAUAACAAAUAGUGUGACGUCAUAGCCACUUUAAAAGGACUUACUUACGUCAAUAAUUUUUUUCGCUUUGCUGGAUUAGGCACCGACUUCGUAUGCUGCAUUUAUGUGAAAAAUUAAAUUGUGUGGGUUUAAAAUUUUCUUGUUGGCGAAUGUGUUAGGUAACAAUAAAAAGCAGUUAGUCGGUCUCUGUUGAUCAGAGUCAGCAAAAUGCGAGAGCAUGCUCAGAGCACCCCUUCGUUCCUCUAUACUAGGGUAACGCAGCUUCUGGGAAGGAAGAAACGACCAAGACCAAUGCGGUCUCUUACAUUGGCGUAUUCAGUCUCUUUGUAUUACAUGGCUCAAGAAAUGAAGCUUUUUUGCAGGUCAAACUCUUUCAGAAAAGACUAUUAACGAGCCAAAUAUGCGUUACUUCUGGGAAACAGUAGCGACAAGUGUGAUAACGCGAGAGUCAGGAGGCCAUGUGGACAUCUUCGUGCCUCUAGUAGAGACAGGUAAUGGGUGUCACCCAAUAAGAGAUGAGUGGGGAUGCUAGUAAUGAAUUAGAAUUUUGCAACAACCAUCCAUUUUGUUGACGUCUAGGCAAAUUCCCUAUUUAAUCGCCUAUACUGCCAGACAGAUAUCCUCGCGUACUUAUGUCCACUGGUCGUCAUCUUGAUUGCCACCAACAGUAAUAGGGUUUCGGAACCUUCAUGUUUUUUGGCUUGUUGUGGACAUUAGUAACCAUGGUGAUCAGAUUUCCAACAGUCAUAAAUCAAAGGGAGGGGUAUGUCCCCGGGGAAGGGGUUGGGGGAGGGGAGAGGGUUCGGUUGAACAAUGUUCAAUUUUUAAGAGUCAAGAAGACAUGCCUUAUGGCCUGAAUGUGCGAAUUGUGCGGGGCUUUACUUGCUUGGUAUCUAUUUGUGAAUCGUUUUUAGCAACUGGAGAACUGGGAAUAUUAAGGUAUAACAAAAAGUUUUUAAACAGCUUAAAAAGCAAUAACAGAGCAAGUGUGUUAAAAAUCUGGCAUCACAUUGAUAAUAUGAGGUUAUUUAUUAUUUUCGCUUUGUACAGAGAAAGGUAUGGAUCUUUUGGCUCAACUUGGUCUAUUAACGGACAUGCAGUUUUCUUGUCCUACUGGAUUGACAGGAUCGUUUGCUAGAGGUUUGUGAGUCAACUGAAGUUCUAAAUAGCCCGUGUUGUUGGACCUUAAUAUAUGUGGAAUUAAAAGGGGGUAGAACAUGUCACAUUAAUGGCUUGUGACAUCGGGGGGAAUACCACAAUCUUAGACAAAAACCUUGGAACACUUUGGAAAAUUUUGCUCCCUUUCGUUCCCCUCUCCCUUUUGCAAUUUUGUUGUAGCCACGUAACUUUGCAGUCACACCCCAACAUUACAGAGGGAAAGGGGCGUGCAUAGGUGUUUCAAGGAUAUUUGGAGAGGAUUCUAGAACAAACAGCCUAAAACAAUGCCCCAUAAGUAAUGGGCGCUGCUGCUCAAGAAUAAAGAUGUUAUUUACAGUUAGCUUAGGAAAGCUGCUAGCAAAACUGAAAGCAGUGCCUUUUCAGCCAGUCUACUCAAGGAUUGGCAGGACUAGAAAGAAGGGAGGGCCCGAGAGGGGAACUGGAAAGAAGCGGAAGGUUCCCAGUUCCUCUUAGCGGAUUAUUUUUUUUCUCGUUCGUUUCGCUCGUUUUACUCGCUCACAAUACCAUUCUUGGCAAUUUCUCGCAGUCUAGCAGAUAGCCUGAGAAUGAAUUUGCCGGGUACUAUUAUUCUACUCUUACGUCAUUUAAUCGCAUGUUUUCAAGAGAGCAUAUGCAUGUGAGUUCUCAAAAUCGUUUGUUUUGUCCUGGUCUACGAUCUUGAACAGUCAAACAGUGCUUCCACUCAGAGCGCACUCUCUCUCUAGACGAAUAGUGCUCGUCCAAAUAAAACUACAAAGGAAAAUGUGAAAAUAAUACCGGCAAAGAAUUUAGGGCUUAGCAAGUAGAUCUGGAACUAUCACGUACAGUCAGACACGAUCACACGACUAUGCAAAUAUGUUCCAGACAUCGAGCAUCCCUCUUUAUCUUGGCCGUCAAGGGAAACGAUGCAACUGGAGGCGCGAGACGGGACAGGGUGAGGCCUGCGCGUCUCGCGUCUCGCGUCUCGCGUCUCGCCUCUCACGUGUUGCGCGUGCCUUUCCAAUACCUCUGCUUCAUAUUUUUCCAAAGCGGCAUUCAAUAUAAAUAUUCAUUUUCAUUUUAUUUUACAAAAGAAAUAAUUGGGGUGUAAAGACAUACUUUUAUUCCUGCUUUUUACUUGUAUUACAGUUGAAAGUGAAUGGCUGUUUGUUCCGAACAGUAUUACUCCUCCUGCAUUGUAUUUCAAUAUGACAAAACUUGGUGCUUGGUCAAACACGGUUGAUUACAUUGAGGUAAGGAAAGGUUUAACAGAGCAGCAGGUUAAAACGUUUGACUAUAAUAAAACAGCAAUAUAAUAGCGACUUGAGUUUUCGCGAUAUUUCGGACAAGGAAACGUCUUUGGACAGGCUAAAGGAAAACAAAGGCCAGGUAUUUAAACAUAGUUUAGUCAGUGUUUAACAAAACCGCGUCCUUAGCCGUUUUCAACUUGAACAACAUUAACGGUUUAAUCUAAACACCAAUUAUUGUAAACGGUUUUGUGAAAGCAUAUAUAGUAGACUAGAAAAGAAUUUGUCUUCUUAAAAUAAUUCACUAAGGAAGAGAUCUGGCGGUCCAAAGAUUUGCUCAACCGCGGCUUAAGUUAGACUUCGUUUAACUAACCUUCCCAAAAUGUUGUCCGUUAUUAAGGAUGUGCCUUACCUUACGCAUGCGUCCUGGAAUUUAUUUACCCAACAGUUUUACGGAAGCUAAGGCUAACCUCGUCUCCAGGGCCUCUCAUUCUUUGAGACCUAGGGGCUGCUAAAGUGGAAGUGUUUUCGCGGAAGAAACGCCCUCGGGACCACUACGUAGUGUUGUUAAUGGCAAGAGUCCAAAAUAGGGGGAUGCAGGAAAAAAUUUCAGUGAAAACAUUUCCCUAUGUGGCUUUAUAAUAAGGUUGACUGUAGAAUCAACUCUAGGGUGAAAAAUAAUUGGACUGACCAAACGAACUUAUUAAUAGCAGCGAGACUUAAAGACUGGUUUGAAGAGGUGAAGAAGAAGGUAUUGAAAUUGAGAGCAGCAGAAAAAGCGUUGUUCCUUACUAAAAAGAGCAAUUAGGUGAUAAGGAGGUAAAAAGCUAGGAGACCCUGAACUAUUUGUAGGACGCAUCUUCUUAGGACUCUGUCUCAUGGUAUUUAUUGGUUUCCUUCCCUUAGGAAUGCUUGGAUGUUGUGAAAAAGAACCUUCAAGCUUUCUUCAAUGAGGAACAAAGAAAUCUGGCCAAGCGACUCGUAGGUAUGGUAAAGUAACAGCAGGACUUUUUCACGCACGCUUUUUUUUCCGCUUGUGAAUGACAACAUCUCUCACCGUGAGAUCAGUGUCGAUACCCUGGAAGGUUGUUUGUCGUAUUCCUUCGCAAACUCUGAUUUCUUUCUUUCUCUGACAUUCAUAACGUAACGAAUAUCCGAUCCUUUUUAUACUUUUGUCAUUGUUUCAGGGCAUAUCACGUUGGAAGCGUUGGGAAUGUGCGAAGUAUACAAAAUCUCUGAGAUUGCCUCUGUCCUAGUAGAUGCUGUUAUCUCCUUAGGAAGAAACAAAGCAUCUAGCAAUUGGGUACGGACAACAUUUCGCUUUUUUUUCUUUUUGAAGUAGAAGUCGGUCAAUUUCUUCUUGUCAUGUGUUUAUUUCCUAUUUUGGUCGCAUGAGAACCGUUUAGAAUUGAGCAAUAGACCUGUUUAGCUUGUAUGUUUUGUUUUUCCCAUGAAGUUCUCAGGGAAUUUGCCCCUUUGCUUUUCAUAAAUUAUGCGUACAUUGAAUGAAACUGUUAUCAAGGGUAUUAUCACAUGACCUACAAUGGGAAAACAAAACACACAUUCUAAAGAGGUCUGUUGUGUUUGUUCUUCAGUGUAAGCUGUACGUGUUCAUUUUAGUAUAGAAGAGGUGAAGGGUGCAUGAGCCAAGAGGAUCCACACGGCCGGUGUUUAACCCGUUUUUCUAUAGCAUAAAGCACGUUGGAGUAUUGCUUCUUGCCACCUGGAUGUAGCUUGAGAAAAACAGCCGACACCUCGCGACGCCACCACUGGUAUACCUGCAAAAUGACUUCUGAGUAACGAGCUCAGAAAUUCCCUACUGACGACGCCUUAUCACCCGGAUCUGGGUAGUACUGCUGAUUGGUCGCCUCGCUUAGAAAACGUCCUUUGACCAAUCAGUAGCACUACCGAGAUUUGGGUAGUGACACGACAUCAGUAUGGAAUUCCUGCGUUUGUUCCUAAGACGUCAUUUCACGAAGGAAUCAGUAGUGGCAUCGCGAAAUGUCCACUGUUUUCUCAGGCUGCCCUGAAUGGCAUCCUAGGCCAUCGCAGGGCUACCCCCAGCAGUAGAUCGCCACGCCUAGUAUCCAUGUCUAGACCUGGGUAAAGUGAGACAUAGUAGAGCGUGGUUGUUUUGUCUAACAGAUCUUAGAGAUCCGAAGUCUGUGGUGUUAAACGCUUCGCCAAUCACCAAUAAUAAUAUCGCAAAAUUAGCGUGAAGUUGCUACUUAAAUCAAGGCUUAUAUUCAGCGUCAUUUUACUUUCAAUGUACAUCUGUCAGUGACCAAAUGAAUUUACAUUUUUAAUUACAACAGUUCACCUUCUUCACCCUCUUUUUCCAGAGCGAUCCAAUUCAAGGACUUGUCAAUUAUCUACAGAGUCAUGGUCGCUCAGAAAAAGUAGUAAUGAAAUCUAAAAGAACGAAGGUAGGAAUUGUCCGGGCAUACUGUUAUAGAAUAUUGUUUAUUUACAGCGGUCAGGGAAACUGAAUCCGCCAGAACGUGCGUGCUCUUCCCAGAACGCGUUUUAAGCAAAAAGUGAUCUUUACAAUCCAUUUGCGACUCCAACACUCGCUGAAGUUAACCGCGCUCCACGAGUCACCUAUACUCACUUAAAUUUAUUUCUACGAGAUUUUGUUGUUUAUAUUUAUCUCUUUGUACAAUAAGCGUCUUGCUGUCUGUUAAUCUCUGGGAAUAACUGUAGCGGUUAAUUACAUGCAGCCUUUUUUACGCGGGAGAAGGACAGUUGCCUGUGAGAAAUUAAAUCUGCGUGUUUGAUCGCUUCUUCCACUGAUUUCGUUUACUUAAGACAUGACGGCGCGAUGUAGUUCAAAGGUUGUGACCAUAACGGCAAGCAAGAUGUCUAUCUUGGGUUUCUGGGUCCCCUUUUCUUGCGCUGGAUAAGCGUUGCUGAGUGUUUACCAUGCAUUAGAACUCAAAUAAUGAGAGUUAACAAACUUGAGUGUCUCAUUUUUCUUUAGUAGCUUUAUUGCAUUCGCGGCACUUCUCAACGUUCGAAAUGAAACGUGAAAGUAAGUGGUGUCACUUGAGUAUCUUUCAGUUCCAAAUUUGCGUUACUUUGAUUUCAAGCCACCCCCAAGAUAUUUUUCAAACACGUUUUCUCGUGUUUGACUUAUUACAUGCAAAACUCGCACCGGUCAAGACAGUCGCUGAAGUAAAAUAUAAUAUUCCACAAGAUAAACUUAAAUUCCUUUCUGUAAGACCUGUUCACCACGGCAUAUAACACAGGGUUAAUCAGGCUACUGAAAUUAACACCAUACGACACCAGCAUCACAACGUCCCGCGGGAGAGUCCCGAGGGUAAUUCGCGUCAGUAGGACGAUACAAAAUAGUGGGAUCCAUAUCAGCGUGAAUGCCAAGACAAUGGCGAACAUCAUUUUCGUGAUCUUCACUUCUUUCGCCUUGAGGACACUUUCGCCAUCAUGUCCGACGUGUGGUUCGUUUGCCUGCUGGAAAGCGGGUUGCUCUUCCGGUUGGGUUUCCUUGUUUUCGUUUCCUUUCCUAGUGCCCUGUGGUACCUGUGCUCGAUAAGUGUCCGGUGCGGGAAAUUCCAGUUGGUUACUUAAGGGCCCUUUCCUGUUGUAGUUGGGAGACUUUGGGAGUUGCUGAACCUGUGGUUCUUGUUCUGGUGCUUGGUCGCGGUGAGUGUUCUGAGGUAUGUGUUGUUGAUAUGACUCCUGUAGGUCAUUUUGAUGAUUCGUGGCCGUUUGUUCUUGUGGGUGAAUUUUAUCCAAGGUCUUGCGUCUCUUGUUGCCAGGAGUGUUUGGCGGGUGUCGUUCUUGUGGAUGAGUUGUAGCCCAUGGCGCGAGUGAUUGAUGUUUGGUGUCUUGUAACGGAUGGGGGAUCUGUUGCUCUGUUUGAACUUUUUUCGUAGCUUUCCUCUUACUGUAACGAACAUCUUCUUGUGGACUUCGCACUCCCUGUGGUUCUUGUAGAUGUGGCAUCCCAUUUUUGGGAGGUGGACACUUCUUGUUUAAGCUGACAGAUCCCUGUUGGCAUGCAACCUUUGACUCCUCUUUCAGCUGAAUGAUGGCCUCUGGGUCUUCUUCUGGUUGUUGGUUGGCCUGGUCUUCUUCUUGUUGAGCUGACUGUGCCUCCUCUGCUGCAAGCCCGACUUGUAACUGCUGCGAGAUCUGCGGCACUUGCGAACUAACUUGUUUUAACGCUCGAUGCACUUUGUAGUAGCAAGCGGGUACGAUUAGUAGAGAAGCUGUGAUGAAAGACACGUGGGUGAUCAUGGUGUAAAUUGUAAAUUUGUCUUGAAAGGAAGGGACGCAAACAGCGUAACCAGAAUUAAAAUAGAACUUUGUCCGUCCUAUAACAAACGGCAGCAGAACAAUCAUGCUCUCUAUGAACCAAAGACACACCACUAUCAAUAUAGAUGGUGUCGUCGCAAAAAGAGAUUGAAAAAGACCAGGCCGGGUCACUCGGAUGUAUCUGUUGAUGGCUAUAAGAGACAUGGUGCUAAUGGAGGCGUACACAAGGAAAAUUGAGGAAAACGCGCCAACAAAGCAGCUAGCGUCUCCAAAUUGCCAGCCUCCGGUGAUCAGGGUGACUUCUACAAAUAUACCAUUGGUGAGAAAGUUGAGAAUGUCGGUGAUCGCCAGAGCAACGAUGUAUAUGGGCGUUAUCUUUCGUAAAACUGGAUUUCGAUAAAACGCAAUGCACACUAAGAUAUUUCCAAGGAAACCAGCUGUAGCCAUUAUUGUCCAGAAAGACGACUCCAGAACAACCCGUUCAACACUGCGUGGGGGAAGUUCCAACGAAUUCAUCGCUCUUUGUUUUGCCAAAUCUGCAAAUGAAUGUCCAUAAAGUAAGUAAGGGUACCGAUUACCGCGUAAGUCCUUUGACUAGCGUUUCCUAGGGUUGGUAAACAGAGAAGGAUUCUGAAGAUUGGAUACUUGACAUCGUUACAUUAAUGUGUUGGCAAGCAUAUUAAAUUUUGAAAAACAUGGCUCAAUAAAAACUUAUAAAUAACUUACGGUACAAGUUAUCCCCAAGACUGCUGUCAGCCUUUCAUCUUUCGCGUUAAAUUUUUGUGGCUUCAACUAAUGGAUGAAAGUGUAAACGCCUGAACACCAACGAAGUCGACUGUUACAGCUGCAAUCAUAAUUAUCUGUCAUUCUCGUUACCUGUAAAAUUUGUAACAAUGGCAACAAAUAACCUAACUGUAAAAGUCGUACCCUUUAUUAUGGUAUAAUAUUAACAUCGCAUACAUCUGAUUCGAAGGAAAAGAGCAAUUGAUAGUCUUGGUAGGCAAAUAUUUUGGAGAAAUUCUACGUAGAGGUAAGAAUGUUACUGAUAACCUUGGAAAUAUUUUGAAGGAAUAAUAUUGAAAAAAAUUUCGCACUACUAAUGGUGUUUUGACGUUUGUAUCAUUGCCCGUCGUCAUCGUAGUUGUCUGGGUUCUUUAGUUCCAAAUUUCCUCAAGCAGUAAAACCUUAUAAUCGUGUCAACUGAGGAAGUCGAACUUCGUAAGUACGCAGACCACAUUUAACGUAUAUAAUAUAGGAAAAAAGCGAAGGUAAAAGGUUUGAAAGAAAAAAAAUGAUUACAGUUGAAACUUGAAACUUGUAACAUGAAUUAUAUUGUUUGUCUUUUGAUUGAACAACACUUUUCAUUGGCUGUCUUUUUAGCUAUUAUUUUCGCCUCAAAGUUUAAAUUACAAGUAAAGUCCUUCAUAUUUGGUUUUUAGGCAAUAAUAAGAAAUGAAGCAAUUAGAGAAAACUUGAACGAAAGCUAAAAUUUUACUGACAUCAAUGGAAAAAAGUAUUUAUGACAAAUUUCAAACCAGUUUGUGUUUUCCAUUUCCCAUAUUGUGCAAUUUAAAAGACGGGUCGGUUUCUGGCCGCAGCCGAAACUUAGGAAAUGAAAACUUCAACCGUGCGCGUGUCAGUCAAACACAGGAAAGUAAUUAUUUGGUUCGGCACAUAAAAGGCAAUAAUUGUUGUUAUUAGAACUCAACGAACCAAGGGUGGAAUGAUCGAAGUAGAAGGCACAGGUGUGAGCCUUCCUCGUGUAGGUUUGUAAACUUAUUUUUGUUUUCAUUCGUAUAUUUUACGUUGUCAUAUAACUUCAGUGAGUUAUUUUUUUCCAUAGUGUGGUUAACUUGUUAAAUGCAUACUUAACGUUGAUCAUUUUAAAUAAUUUUAAAUAAACUCAACCACAAACAGGUUUUCUCAAUUAUUGCUAGAUUCUGGAAGUAAUGACCAAGGAGUAAUGAUUAUUGACGAUUAGCUGUAUUUUUAUCAUCCCUUGCUCGGGGGAGCAAGGGAUGGCGCAGUGGUGAGAGCGCUCGCCUCCCACCAAUGUUGCCCGGGUUCAAAUCCCGGCGUCGACGCAAUAUGUGGGUUGAGUUUGUUGUUGGUUCUCUGCUUUGCUCCGAGAGGUUUUUCUCCGGGUACUCCGGUUUUCCCCUCUCCUGAAAAACCAACAGUUCCAAAUUCCAAUUCGACCAGGAAUCAGGUAGACGAAGAACCACUUUCAAGAUGUGCUACCUCCAAAUCACUAUUUAUUUAUUUACUUAUUUUAUGUUGCUGUUUAACGCGUCGAAAUCAUUGUUGUUGUAUAACAAGGAUAAUUAAUUAUUUACCAUUACCGAUCAUGAUUGCACGGGCUUUCAAUAUCGUUAAGUUAAUUUCUUCGUAAUAUCAGGCUGAGACUAAUUAUUUCAUAACUUCAAAAGACACUCCAAAUGUACAUAAAUAGCAGCCAAUCUUAACGUUUAUGUUACAUUGUCGUGUGAACAGCGAAAAACUACACCCUAACUCUGAUAUGAAAUCGCGGCUUCCAUAUAUUUUAUUGGGGUUUACUUUCAUUGCAUUGCAAACUUAAAUCUAGAGCUCAGAAAGAAAGACUUAUUAAAUAGUAAGAUAAUAAAAAACGCUGUCACUGAAGAGCCGCCAGAAAUGAUACACGGUAAGAGGAAAUAGCAAGCCCAGUUUAGACCAACUAAAAGGACCUGACAGGACGGAAAUUCCGUAUACGCGCGUAGUAGUAAGAACUAGAGUAUACCUAGUAAGAGGUUUCCCUUCGCUGCGGUAUAUAAAUAGCUCCACUGUAUUUUCUUUGAUUAAAUAGGGUUUUAUCCACGAUCAGUAGACUUGAACAUGUAUAUCAAUACAAAAUGUGACGCUCCACUUACGUAAACGAGUCUUAACGUACUUACAGUGCCGGUAUUACUGCGAGCGUCAAAAUUGAUUCGCAAAAUGUUGGCUGUAACAUUGUAUUAAUGACCUUCCACUCGAACGAGCAAGCCUAAAAGCCAGUCCUUAUUUAGACCAGAACACCUUUUGGAACCAAUAGAAUCGCACUUAAAAAUCUCUGUCACGAUUGCUCGGCUAUUGAACUUUCAUUCCAGGGAGUUCCAGAAAUAAAAACUUUUAGCAAACAUUUUGUUAUUUUCUUUUGUCGAAAAUUUUGAAAAACUCAUUAUGUUUGAAGGUUAAAUGCUGAAGAGGUUUCAUUUGAGUGAUCACACCGAGAUUUUUUCCAUAGACUCAAAAGUUAGAAUCUUGUUACAUGCCACCAUAAUUGACCCCGGCAGUGAAAGGGCCAAUAAAUCAAUCCACACGAAUAAUAUGAAAAUAGAGUGUUUAUUUUAAAGUAUUUCAGAGAUUUGCCAAUUCAAUUUUAUCCUUCUGUAAAUUGCACUUGAAGUUUUCGUUUUAACCGUUUUUCUAUGUACGUGGGGGCAGUUACUACGGUCUCGAAAUUUCUUGAUUUACCCUAGUUUGAAUGAAAAAGAACCGGUAAAACGUGCCGUGCGGAUUAAAGUACUUAGAAGACAGUUUUAUCAAUUAAAGCAAAUUAUUUUGCUCCAAAAAUUAAAAUAAAAAUUAACAGGAAAAUGAACAUAAUAGCAAAAAGAUGAAGGCGAGUUGGGCAGAUGGAAAGUUGUUUUGUCACCGAUAUUAAUUUUUUUUUCCAGGUAAGCUCCCAAGCUGUCAACCAAAAGCUACAUGUAAUAUUGCCUUAUACAUAAUCGAGAAAAUUAUGAGUUUAGCGAUAGAUAUUACCCGUGUUUUGUUUUUCCUAUCGCCACACAUCAGUUAAUGGGUUUUCUACUUUCAAACUAAAACGCAAAUGAGCGUUCAAUUAGUUAACAUUUGAAAGAUAAAGACUUCUGUCUCCACAACAUCUCCCAAAUAUCCGUUGUCUUGUUUUAUUUGACUGACACACUUGAACACAAAACAAAUUAACCCAUUUAGCACCCACACAGCACUGUUUUCAUAUGAGUAUUUUCAUCACGGUUAACCGGAAUAAAACUGUUUUCGUAAUAAUGUGCACGAAAGAGUAAAACUCUUGAUUUCAUUGCCUUAUAGUACUAAAGGUGAAUGAACACGGUUCGUUAGUUUGUGAGUCGUUACUAUUCGUUGAGGAGUUUUUUGAGACUCGUUGACCUCAAAGUUCGUACGGAAAAAAAGAUAUUCAUAAGACAUUACAUAUAUUAGGUCAUAUAAAAAUUAAUUAAACGUAAGAUUUCUUCGUUGCCAUGGCAGCAUGGGUGAUUGAAAACGAGCUUAAAAUCUUGAAUUUAUUAGGUUUAGGCAAAAUCCAGUCAUCAGAUUUCCUCAUGAAUUGCUCAAAGUUUUUAAUUGGUAACCCUCAUAAUUUGAAGACAACUUAACUAAAAUUGUAACAAACAGGUUUUAAAGUUUUUUUAAAAAUAGCGUUUAAGAGAAACUUGAUUGUGUCACAAAACUCCUUUGUUCAAAAUGUAUUUUGAGGCUCUCAUUGACUGAAGUGCUAUGUGAACAGGAUUUCUGCCAAAUUUUCUCAAAUGUUAACAAGUGGAUUUUAAGAUAUUGUCGUUUGUUUUCAUUGCCUACCUGUAUGAAAGUCAACAAAACAAGCGCUGUCAGGGGGUGUUUACAUGAGAAAACUCGCACCGGCGCGAGUUUCAUACCAGGAUGACUUUUUGAUUUGGUAUCGCAUUUGCAUGAUGACUGGGCCAUUUCAUAUCUCGUUAGUUAAAGGUACACUUCAUGUUGAUAAAAUACACGUGUGAUUCAAAAUCGCAACAUUUCGCAUGCGCUACCCGUUCCAGUCUACCGGCAGACCGAUCGUUAUCAAGUACAGUAACAUUACCUGAAAGUGACAACAAUAUUUACGAGUUCAUUAAAAGAUAGAGCAAUACAAACAUUAACAAGUACCUUAAAUUAACAUUAACAAGUAUAGAAAAAUCAAACCCUUCUCCCCUGCUGCUGGAUGACCGGGGCAGUCACUUUUCACGAAAGUGAAAGCCAAUGAACUCCCCCGCCACCUUAAAUCCGAAGUGGUACACAGUCGGUACUCUUUUGUAAACGUCAACUGAAAUCCUGUAAUGUUAUCGCUAAGCGUAACCAGGGUUAACGAAUGUCACGGUAGCCGUGAAAUGAACACGUUGAUUAGGGACUGCAGCUAUCGCAACACUUGAUAAACAAGUAAUAAGAAGAUUAUUUGAAAAUUUCAAAAUCACUCUUUGUCGUUCUCAGUUUCUUGCUAUUCAGUUUUUUUCUGUUUAAUUACAGAUGGCCACCAUUAUUAUACUCUAUCCCUUUCUGUUGUCUGAUUAUUUGGGUUUUCUUCAUUUUGAUGAAGAAAAGAUGCUGUUAACUGUUGGGGUUGUAAAGAACUGGAAUACUCGCCCAGCCAAUUAACGAGUGGCCGAGACUCUGUUCUUUUAUAGAACUUUAUUCUUCUGACUUUUGUCUUCAUCAGCUACAAAAACUCAUCUGCUAGCAAGCCCAUCACCAGCGAAUUAAAUAACCAAAUUGUCAGCUGAAUUGUAGACGUGUUUAGGUUAGCCUGCCGUGAGAACUUUCUAUUGCAUAUCCUGUAGGUUAACUUGUGGAGAAUAGAAUAGUCUACACUGUCGUAAUUUUAAUUACAACAAGUAUUAAAACAAGUACCAAACAACCAAUUAAAUGCUAGCAUUAAAACUGCUCCGUAGGACUAAGCAGUCUAAACAGACACUUCAGUGUAGGUAAAACUCAACGCCAGCUGUAAUCCCCGAACAUGCCUACUUCAAUGAACUACAUUUACGUUAAACAAACCCUUCAAAUGGACAAUACUACUCAAAACCUCAGGAACUAUCCUUGUAGGUUAUACAUUGAAUUAUCUUGGAUUAUGAACUGUUUAUUAAGAAUCUCGCACGUACUAUCAAAUAAUCAGUGGGAUACCCCAUACAUAACAAAAACCCUAAAAAUACCAAUCGUCAAAAACAAAACUAAAAGUAACCACUUCAUAAAGGUAGAAAUUAAUUAAAAGAAAACCAAUGUCAAGUUGGGGACAAGAUGUCCGAGCCAUAAAGUGCUGAUUCAGCUGAUUUCGGAAAGAUGAACUGUGGACAUCUAAAAAUAUCAGCGAGCCAUCUUCCCAAAUAAUAUCAACUAGAGAAUUAAAAAUUAUCUUUAGCUUGUCUUGACAGUUUCUAGAACCUAAAAAGUUCAUGCACGAAAAGUACGCACUGAGUUCUGUAACAAUCUCGAGUAGCUUACUCAAUGAAAUACAAACUUCCACCAUAUAUUUAUUUACGAAAAGACUGAACAAAUUAUUUUUGUUGAAUGUAUACAUCACUGUAAACGCUAAAAAUCAUGGCUGGUAUAAAUUAUUUUGAUAGACGCCUAACUGGUCUUUCAAAGAAAGAGACUGUUGAUUUUGAUUCUGAGAAUGAUUAUGAUAAAGCAAUUUAUCAGGCUUUGUACUACACUUGUGGAUUUUAAUUCAGUUAAUAAUUUGUUAUGCGGUAAUUAAGGCCUUAUCAUGCACACCAAACAACCCGAGAAGUAGUUUUUCUUUAAUUUCGUUCCUGAGUUACGUGAUUUUGAUUUCAUCGCACUUCUUAGUGUUUAGAUAUUUUUGAAAACUUUCUCUUCGUGUUUGAUUUUAUUACAUGCAACACUGACAACGCCUAAAACAAUCGCUAACGUAACGUAGUAUGCUCCCCAAUAUGACUUUAUAUUCCUUUCUGUAAGACCUGUUCAUGAUUGCAUACAACACUGGGUUAAUCAGACUACUUAAGUUACUACCAUACGAAGCCAGCAUCAUAAAGUCUCGCGAGAGAGUUCCAAGAGUGAUUCGUACCAUUAUUAUAACAAAAAAUAGAGGAAUCCAGAUCAACGUAAAUGCCACUACAAUUGCGAACAUCAUUUUUGUAAUCUUCGCUUCUUUCGCCUUCAGGACACCUUCGGUAUAUUGCCCGUUCCCUGGUUCUUUUACUGGCUGGGGUGUCUGUUGCUCCUGUUGAUUUACGACAUUUGUUUGAUGGGCGUCUUGUUUUUCUUUAGCUUGGUGGGUGCUCUGUGGUAACUGUAAUUGAACGGUGAUCAAGGUCUCAUUCCCUUUGCAUGUACCAGACUUUGGGCGAUGAACCGCCGACGUUCCUGGUAUCCAUAUCCGCUGUUCUCGUGUCUGCUGUUGUCUUUGUUGCUGAUACGUAAUCUGUGAUUCGACGGGAUAAACACAGGCCCCGCGUCUCUUGUAGCUGGUAAAUUUUUGAAAAUGUCGUUCUUGUGGUCGAGUAACCUGUAAUUCUCCUGACUGACGGUUAUCCUGUGGUUCUGCUGGUUGAGAUGUUUUGAAAGCCUUACCAUUACGAUCGCCGACAAUUUCUUCUGGACGUUGCGUUCCUUGUGGUUUUCUUUCCUUUGCUUUUUGUGGGGAAACUUGUUUUAAUGGUUUGGUCAUUUUGUCAGGUUCUUGUUGCUGUGGUAUAUGCCAUGAUUCGACUGGUUGACUUGGAUUACUUGGCUCCUUUUCCGGCCGAAUUGCGACCUCCGGUUGAUGGUUGGUUUGUUCGUCUUGUUGCAGGGCAGACUGGGCCUCUUUUGCUGCAUACAUGACAUGUGGCAGUGGCUCUUGCAAGGUCUGUGAUUCUUGCACCACGUGAACUUGUUUUAAGGCACGAUGUACCUUGAAGUAGCAAACAGGCACGAUUAGCAGAGAAGCUAUGAUCACAGACAGGUGAGUGAUGGUAGUGAAGAUUUUAAAGUUAUCGUUAUAAGAAGGGACGCAAAUGGCGUAACCAGCGUGAAAAAUGAACUUUGUGCCACCCAUAACAAAUGGGACCAGAACUAUCAUUGCCUCCAUGAACCACAUACCGGCCAGUAUCACAAUUGACGGUGUUGGUGCGAAAAUAGAUUUGAGAAGGCCAGGUUUGGUUGCCCGGAUGCAUCUGUUGAUGGCCGCGAGGGACAUAGUGCUAACAGAUGCGUAAAUUAGAAAAAUGGAGGAAAAUGCGGAAAUAACACACCCGGUGGAUCCAAACUGCCAGCCGCCGGUGAUCAGGGUGACGUCUACAAAUAUAGCAUUGGUGAGAAAGUUGAGAAUGUCAGUGAUCGCUAGAGCCGUAACGUAUACAGGUGUAAGCUUUCGCAAAACUGGAUUUCGAAAACAGGCAAUGAGCACUAAAAUGUUUCCAAGAAAACCAGCCAGACCCAUAACUGUCCACAAAGUCGACUCCAAAACAACUCGCUCAAAACUGCGUGGAGGAAGGUCCAACGACGGCAUCGUUCUAUGUUUUGUUUUUGAAAAUCUGCAAACGAAGAAUCCAUAAAGUUAAUAACUGCCCACUCAUCUCGUGCUUAGGUCUUGAACUUUGAUGUCCCUUCUAGAAGUCACAGAUACUUUUUUUAAACAUUGGGUCCGUUAUGGUCCACCUCAGUUAAGGAAGACCAGUGAUGCCAGAAGGCUAUUGGGGUGGUAUAUAGCUGCUUUUCAUUUUGUAAAUGGAACACGCGUUUAUCGAGCGUACCACUAGAAAUUUCCCAAAUGUUAAACCAGUUUAUGUUUACCAUUUCGCAUAUUGCGCAAUUCGUCUGGCCGCAAACGAAGUUUGGGAUAUGAAACCUUCAAGCGUACACGUGUUAGUCAAACAAACGAUAGUAAUUGUUUUGUUCGGCACCUAAAAGAGAGCCAAAGGUGGAAUGAUAAAAAAGGGCACAGCUGUGGAUUUGUUAAACUUAUUUUUGUUUUCUUCCGUGUAUUUUACGUUGUCUUGUAACUUCAGCAGUAGGAGAGUGUUUUGGGGAUUUACUAUUUUAACGAUAUAUUCUUUGCAAAAGGUAUCUUUUUUCCACAGUGGUCAACUUACUAAAUGCAUACUUAACGUUGGUCAUUUUAAAUAAACUCAAUCACAAACAGGUUUGCUUAAUUAUCGCGAGAUUCUGGACAGUAAUGACCAGGGAGUAAUGAUUUUUGGCGAUUAGAUGUUGUAUGUUAAAUCAUUGUAUGUCAUUGUUGUUGUAAUUCCAGGAUAAUUAAUUAUUUACCAUGCACGUGCCUAGAAGUAAGAAAUAGAGUAUACCUAGAGGUCUCUUCGCGCCGCGGUAUAUAUUUAGCUCCACUGUGUUUCCUUUGAUUAACUAGGAUUUUAUCUACGAUGCAAUAGACUUGAACAUGUAUAUCAAUGCAUCAAUAUGUGACGCCCUACCUGAGUAAACAAGUCUUAACGUUCUUACCGUGUUUGUAUCACUGCGAGCGGCAAAAUUGAUUAGCAAAAAUUUGGCUGUAACGUUGUAUUGAUGACCUCCCACUCGAAUGAACAAGCCUGAAAGCCAGUCCUUAUAUAGACCACAAUACCUUUUGGAACCAAUAGAAUCGCGCUUAAAAAUCUCUUUGUCAGAAUUGCUCGGCUAUUAAACUUUUAUUCCGGGGAGUGCCAGAAAUAAAACUUUCAGCAAACAUUUUGUCAUUUUCUUUCGUCGAAAAUUAACUCAUAAUGUUUGAAGGUUAAAUGCUGAAGAGGUUUCAUUUGAGUGGUCGCACCGACAUUUUGUCCAUAGACUCAAAAGUUAGAAUCUUGUUACGUACCACCAUAAUUGACCCUGGCAGUGAAAGGGCCAACAAAUCAUUCCGCACGAAUGAUAUUUAAAUACAGUAUUUAUGUUAAAGUAUUUCAAAGAUUGGCCAAUACAUAUCCGCCUAUAAAUUUCCACUUGAAGUUUUCGUGUUAACCAUUUUUCAGUAUAAGUGGGGGCAGUUACUGUGGUCUCAAAAUAUCUUGAUUUACCUUAGUUUGAAUGAAAAUGAACCGGUAAAACGUGCGGAUUAAAGUGCUUAGAAAACAGUUUUAUUAAAGUGGAUUCUUAUCAUCAAACAAAUAACAGGAAAAUAACAGGAGAAUGAAGAUAAUAGCAACAAGAUGAAGCUGAGUUGUGCUGAUGGAAAGAUUUUUGCCACCGAUAUAUUUUUUUUUUUCCAUGUAAGCUCCAAAGCUGUCACCCAAAACUAAAGCUGUAUCUGAUAUUGCCUUUAUAAUCGACAAAAUUAUGAGUUUAGCAAUAGCUGUUACCCAUGUUUCCUUUUCCCUACAGUUACCCAUCAGUUAGUGAGUUUUCUAUUUUCUAACUAAAACGCAAAUGAGAGUUCAAUUAGUGAGCCUUUGAAACAUAGAGCCCUAUACCGUCCUGACAUCCCCCAAAUAUCCGUUGUUUUGUUAGUUUGACUGACACACUUGAAUACAAAGCAAAUUAACCCAGUUAUAGCCAACCCAGCACUCCGUUAAUGUAAGUAAUUUCUUCACCGUUUACCGAGAUGAAACUGUUUUCGUAAUAAAUAAAUAAAAUAAAUAAAUAAAUAAUGAUUUGGAGGUAGCACAUCCACAAAGUGGUUCUUCGUCUACCUGAUUCCUGGUCGAAUUGGAAUUUGGAAAUGUUAGUUUUUGAGGAGGGGGAAAACCGGAGUACCCGGAGAAAAACUGCUCGGAACAAAGGAGAGAACCAACAACAAACUCAACCCACAUAUGGAGUCGACGCCGGGAUUUGAACCCUGGCCACAUUUGUGGGAGGCGAGCGCGCUCACCACUGCGCCAUCCCUUGCUCCCUAAAUAUAACAAUGCUCACCAAAUAAUAACGUGCGCGAAAGUGUAAAACUCUUGAUUUCAUUGCCUUAGUACCAAAAACUCUUCAGACAUUACUUAUUUAAGGUGGCUGAACACAGUUUGUUAGGUUGUGAGUCGUUACCAUUCAUUGAGGUGUUAUUUAAGACUCGUUGCAGGUAUAAAGCUCAAAUUUGGCACGGAAAAAAUAUAUUCAUAAGACAUUACAUUUGUUAGGUUAAACGCAGAAUUUGUUACGCGGAAUUCAAAUGAAAGUACGUAAUUGUACUAGAUUUGCAAUCGAUAAAUAAUGGUAAUUGAACUGAGUGGAGUGCAAUUUGGUAUGAAAUCAUACGUGUGAUUUCAAAAUCGAACGAGCGCGCAGCGCGAGUUCGAUUUGAAAUCACAAGUAUGAUCUCAGACCAAAAUUGCACGACACGUAGUUCAAUUACCACUUUAUUACAUCCAUUUUGAAAUCGCAUAAUUUAGUCAGUACUAAUAUUUUAUUGAUCGAGUAGCCGGUUUUUAAAAAGCCGAAACAAGAAGGCUUUUACAUCUCAUUUUGUAUUCGCAACAGAAAUGAUGCGAUAUCGAACAAAAAUGGUGCGAUUUAAAACAGAAAUGAUGCGAUUUAGAACAUGAAUGACGCGAUUUGGAACAGAUGCGAUUUAGAGCAAAAAAUGGUGCGAUUUAGGAAUAAAUCACACUGCUGAGAGCCAAUCAGAUUGCACGGAUAGCCAGUGAUUUCAAAGUGGAUGUAAUAAAGGAAAAAAAAUAAACUAUAUUUGAUUUAACAGCUUUUAAACAUGUUUAAGCUUUGAUGUGAAUAGGGCCAAUGUCAGGUAUAAAGUUAGACUGCCAGCAGUCUCUCUUUUUCUUCAGAUUUAGUAAGGGGAGUGCACGCGCGCGCGAGCGGCGAAGACGCGAGACACGCGAAACGAGGGCCUCUCCCAUCUCGCGCCAUCAGUCACGCGCGUGGCCAUUUGCGUGUCUCACAUUUUGCUCGAUGGACUACAGAAAAAAGAGAGACUGCUCGUAGUCAAGUAUAAAGUGUGAUAUCACUCCUUGUUUCUCUCAGAAAGUACAAGACAAAGAUGGUCCAGAAAAGGACUCCAUUGCUGGUGAUUCUGAGAGUGAAUUUGAGGCAAGUGUCUUUUAAUUUUUCUUUCUACUGGUCGAGAUUGACUAUGACUGAUGGGCUCUUUCCUUAAUUGGAGUUACGCUGGGGAUUAAUAUCGUCCGUACGAUCUAAGUGUUCAAAAGUCGGGCGUUUACCAUUAACUUUUUAUUGGGACUAGCUGACAGAAGAAUGGUCGCAAAUCGUUCGCUUUCCUAUUUUGUUUGUAUACGAAACCAUUCAACCGUUGUAGUCCUUUGCUUUGGUGUGUGUUACCGAGUAAGAUUCUACGACAUUCUAGCUAAAAUUGCCCUGUUCUUUUUCAGUUCUUUUCUUUCUUAACUUUGGUUUCUUUCUUUGGUUACAUUGCCAACGCCAGCUAAAACGUUGAAGUUUUCUUACACCAAAACUAAUGCCUGUUGCAAGUCCGGUUAUUCAACUAGUUAAAUUAUAUUGUUUAUUUAGACUUAGCACUCUUAAAGGUUUCUCAAGCCGGUCAACGUGCGUGAGAGAAUUUGUUUAAUUCCUACCUACAUAACAACUAGUACACCUUAAUAGCGGCGACCCUUAAUCUGAUUAUAUACUAGGAUUUUAAUUUAUCCAAACUUCAUAGACUCACAAAUUGAUUUGUAUCACCAGUAUAUAAAUCGGGUAAAAAAUUACAACGUUUAAGAUCUGUUGUUUGGUAAAAAUUACUUACCGGGUCUAAAUGUGAAGGGUUACAUGGUGCAAUUUCACUCGAUAAGCAAAAUAAGUGUUGGUCAUAUAUUCCUUCCACCCAGUAUGAAAAUUAUAUCUUUGGGAACAAAUAGUAAUCGCGCUUUGAAAUAUCCUUGUCGCAGCUGCUUGGAAAAACGGAUUUAACACUUAGUGACAAGAUUACCAAAGAUGAAAAUUCAGCAAAAAUUUAAUAUCCAUUAAGUCAUUGUUCGUUUGGCGAACAAUCGUACACUGGACGACAGCUAGGGGCUCGAACUGAUUGGUGAGGAGGUACCAAAUUGACUGCUACCUGCCAAUCAAGCCCACAUUUUUCCGGUAUUUCCGCGAGAAGAACUUUACACUAAUUAAUUAAACGGAGGAACUUGCCUCGCUUUUCGUAAUGAGCUUUCUCCGGAGUUGCAAGCAGCACAAUCCCUCUUGACGACAAACCAGCACAAUUCCAAAUUAAGGAAUAUGUCCGUUGCGACGGUUAAAGCAUAAUUUGGAACAACGAGUAAAACUGUUUACCAAUUAGGCUCCCGAACUUUACUUUAAAAUAACAUUUGCAAAUUCUGCGGCUGUUAACGUGGGCGUGUUUUCAAAAUAAAAUGAGGGACCUCAUGAUCGAAGGAAGCGAUAGCUGCGAAAACGUCGCGUUAUUUCAGUCUUUUUACUACUAUAUGAGAAAUUUCUGCAAUUUGAUUGGCUUAGAGCAGUGGUAUUUCAGCUUAAUUUGAAACACCUACAUGUGAAAAUUACGAACCUUUCGUGGGUAGUAGUGUAAACAAAUAAUAGCCCGAUUUGUACCUGAUAUUUGGCAUAAAUACCACUCGUGAUAUUUCAAAAUUGUCUCAAAUUUCACUCGCCCAACGGCUCGUAAGAUUAAGUAUAACAAUUUUGAAAUAUCACUCGUGGUAUUUAUGCCAAAUAUCACUAGAAAUCAUGCUAUUACCUAUGCUAAUGCAGGCGAACCCUCUUGAGGUUGAAUUCCUAGGGACAAUAUCCAAGUUCAUAAAAAGAAAUAAAAUUUCGUCUUCGCUUGUUUACGUCCCGCAUAAAGCGAAAUUAGGCAAUUUAACAUCGUAGUUGUAUAAAAACGGCAAAGAAAUGUACAAAAAAGUGUUUUGCUUUUGCAAAAUUGUUGUUUUGCCUUCUGAACCUAUUUUUGUUGUUGUUGUUGUUGUUGUUGUUGUUUUUGACGUUCUCGUUGCCGUAGCGUCGUCGGAUCUGAUAGUCCUUAUCACUAACUACAAAUGCACGUGUCAAUGUUGUUGGAAAUCAAUUUCUGGUUUUCAAUAAAAACGAACUCGAUUUUUAUUGGCUGUUUUUUAUUUUUCACCAAAGGCGAUCUUGUGCAACUAAGUAAGGAACGUUCGUAGCCUCCCACGCAGACCUUCUCAGGGCUUCGUCACACGUUCCUACCGCGUGACGAAGCUCGAAGAAUGUCUGCGGGUGGGCUACUGGUUCUCAUGAACUCGCAGAACAGAUGGUAUUUACCAUCCUUACGUAACAUUUUGAAUAUUCUUAUCCCUUAGGAAGAGAAAAGGUAAACCUGGGAUUUAUAUACUUUAGCUGAUUCAAUAAAGGCGCAUUGGAUAUUUGGGCGUACAAAACUCACUGAAAUGAUUUGCUUGAGUGACCACCAAACAAUAGCUGCCAAUUGUACAAUUCCCAAAGCAACCUCUAUUGAAUCAGCUAUAUAUUCAAAUGGUCGUUUGACUCAUCAAUAAAUAAAUAAACAAAAAAGAAGGGGGGUGAUUUACAGAGUAUGUAUUUUUCCCAGGUAAAGGUCAAAGAUAACAAGCAAACGCUCAAUUUCUUUUAAUAAUCGAUAAAAUUUUCGAGACAGAGGAUUUAAUCGUUACCUGUCUGUUUCUGCCCUCAACACCUGUCAGUUCGAUAAAAAUAUAUUUUCGAAAUCCAAUUCAACACUCACACUUGAAAGUUUAAAAAGUUAAGCCAUGGCAUUCCUUGCAUUCACUGAUGGUUUUUUCUAUCCCUUGAUUUGUUCAGCUUGACAGAAAGUUAAUUGUAACCCGCUCUCAUUGGAAACCUAUUUGCAUUGGAAAAUCCAGCAUUAUCUUAAAUUUGUUUUGUUUUAUUUACUAAUUUGUAAUUUAAUUUUUCCGGAUGAGACUUUUCGUGUCACAAAUUGUUGUUUAUAAUCUUUUAACACGAAAACACAUUUUUGCAAGUCUAUUUUUUCUAACGAUAUAUUUUAUUAUUGUCUUUUUAUGAUCCUGGUCUGCUCUGUAACUUAAACUUUCUCAAUACUAGCAAAUUCGUCUCAAUUUAAUGCUUCUUCACCCAUGAUAUUGUGAGCGCUAUUGUGAGUGCUGUUGAACGUAUACGUCAUUUCUAAGACGUUUUAGAUUAAAGCUGGAAAUUAAGUCAGGUAUAAAUUUUAUUAUUUUUAGUAGUGGUCUAUUAUCAAUGCUGCGUUCUGAUUGGUUGAGCUACUAUUAGGCUAUAUGUUAUAGCCCACUAGUAGCAAAAAGCGCCGGCUUUGAAAACCAAAACAAUGGCGGCUGAAUCGUGUUUUGCUUUCUCAAGUUGUUUUGCCUCGAUAAUUUAGACCAACUAGUUGGAUUUUAUUAAAACAAUUAUUCCUCUCGUCCUCAUGGCCUCUGAGUCAAUAGCCCAUUCGGUCUUCAGCCUCAUGGGCUAUUGACUCAGGGCCCAUUUGGGCUGGGGGAAUAAUUGUUAAAUAUCAUAUUUGUUUCCCUCAGGAAGUCCAAGACGAAGCUGGUUACGACAAAGGAGCAAUUGAUGGUGGCUCUGAAAACGAAUUUGAGGCAAGAGAGUUUUCUAAAUUUGUCUUUCUUCUGGCUGAGAUUGAUAAUAGCGACGGGCCUUACCUUUUUAAGAGCUGACUGAAAUUUAAGCUGGGUGUUAAAUACAGUACGUAAAGAUGGAUUUCCACUGUUGCGUGAAUUUUAAGAGAAUUUACGUGCGUAAAUGAAAUAGAAGCAAUGUAUGAAAGCUCGCACUAUCAGACGACCACUAAAAACAUCGCGACUUACUGUAAUUGAUCAAUCAUGUCAAUAACCAGAGCAUUGGCUAUACAAAAAUACACUGAGCGUUUCGUGUCUGCUCAGUACGCACGCGUGCGUACUUCAGAGACAGACAAAGAGUAGAAAGUUUUCUUACCUAGGGAAAUAACGCAAUGGACAGGCUUGAACCUGGACUUUGAGAUCUUUUAACCCCUCGGCCACCACACUUCCACCACCAUACAGUUUAAAUAAAGCAUAAAUGAGCAACUUCAACGUUUUCCCAUAGACAUAGUCCACGGAAUAAUGUUGAUUUGUAAGUUCAAGAUGGUUAGUUUAGUAACGCUUUUUUUGUUUGGCUUCAACAUUUUGUUCACUCUCUGUAGUCCCAUCAGGGGCCCUAUUAAUAGGAUUCGACUUUGAAAAAAUAAUCGGAAAUACCGUCCGAAACCGAGCCUCUUUAGAAAUAGCCUGCGUGGCGGACGUAAUUUUAACCUCGGUUAGUAACGUCUGCGAAGCAGUGCUGAUAUCCAUGCUUCCGGGCCUCCAACGGACUCAACGAAUUACCGGAAGUGCGUUUCGAAUUUCCUUUCAUCUUGAUUGUCAAAUCGACGAUGGAUUUUUCAACAUACCAAUCAUGGCGCCUACUCGAAUCCUGGUGUACAUAUGUGGGGGCCCAGAACGAGGAUUUCGGCGCUAAUUCGCAGACGGACUUAACCAGAGUUUAGUUCCGUCUGUGACGCCGGCUACUUAACAAUGCAGCUGAAAACGAGAACGAUUCUCUCAUUUUUUCAUCUUUAGGGUUUUUGUCCUAAGACAGGCACCUCCGCAGGUGAAAGAAGGACUCUAGUGGCACAUGAAAUAUUGUCAACAGAGUUAACAUACAUGAGGAAUUUAUCCAUAAUGCAAGAUGUUUUUAAAAAGCCUCUUGAAGCCGCGCUUGCCUCAAACAGGUUUGCUUUUUUAUCCUUGUUAUGAGUACACUCUUUUGUACUCAAUUUAGUCCCUAGAACGUCGGAAGUUGCAUUUUAGGGCUUUGAAAUUUUAAAAGUUUCUGAGGGAGCAUGCCCCCCUCCCCCCCUAAAGGUACGGGAUUAACGGCCCCUUGUUGAUAUAGUCGGUUACUCUAUCUUCAAACCGGCUGGCUACUUAAAAUAGUAUUGAAAACCGUGAAUUACGUCACCCGAAGGUCUAGCAGACAACCUUGUGCAACACAAUGGUCAGUAGCAGAGGAACAAUAGAACGUACUGGUGCUUAAGCUUCAUAAUAACCGGUUAAGCUUAGUUAUAAUACUAAACUAGCUAAAAUGAACACUGUCACUAGGUUGAGUUACAUUUGGUUGCUUCGGAAAAAGUUGCUAGUUUCCAAACUUUCUUUUCCUUUCGGACUUUCAUAGGGCCAUUAUUAGCUUGGCAAACAUACAAAGUUUAUUUGCUGACAGUGAAACAUUGCUGGCCCUAAGCAGGUACGUUAGACAUAGCAUUGUUAAAUAUUUUAUGACAAUAAAAGAAAGAAAUCGAACGCGCUUUAUUUUAGUGUCCUAAUCGAUGACACCAUUUUUAUGUCUCCUACUGUACACGGGACCGCCAUUUUGCGUGGUCAUCCGAGCCACGCGAGGUAGUACCUUCAUUUCUCAGUUAUUUUAAGACCCUGAGUAUUGGUCUGGCACCGGGAAUCGAGCCUGCGACCUUUCGCUCUUCAGUCAAGCGCUCUACCGACUGAGUGAGUCCUUCUUACACUGCCAGGCGUUACAGUGUUUUCCGGAUGAUAUCAAGUCACAUUCCCUUCUCGUGGUUCACUAACUGAUUUGAAGGGUCCCUCAACAAAAUAAAUUACAUAACUGUUCAAAUAUUAAAGUUUCAGCAGAGAUGAUGAUAAUCUCGAUAUUGAAACAUUUUUCUUGAUGCCCAGCUUUAUACACUGAUACGACAAUCUUUAUUGUGUUUCAGUCUUCUGGUGAAUAAUCUGUCAAACAGGUUAGAUGAAUGGAAUUCUUAUCAAGUAAGUUUCAUUUACAUUGUUUCAUUUUUUUGCAUUCUCAAGGGCGCGCUCUAACUUUCGUUAUAGCAGAAAACCAAGCCAAUUGAACUAACCGAUCUAAAGAACAGUUUCCAUCAUUUCAGAUAUUCGUAUAAAUGACCGUAGCCCACAUAUUUUCGUACGAGAAAAUUGGACGUUUUCGAGUGGUGCUAGGCCUCGGUGAUCUCCAAAGUUGACCCGAAAAAUCGCGACGACAACACAUAAUGCAAGGCACCCAACAAUAGACGACAUUUGGCCCCACUUCUGCGUAAACACCGGAUUUUUUAGACGAAUUAUCUAUACCAGAGAUGGAUAAUUUGUCGUCUUGGAUAAUUCGUCACUUGUAUAAAUUCGGCUCAACUCGGCACUGUAAGACUUAUAAGCUGAACACAUUCAUUUAUUUAUCAUAAAUAAGUGGGUCUUUUAACGUUCUCUCAAGAGAGACAGCUUUUAAAGGUCAGGUGUUUUUCAGGUAUUUCCAGGAAUGUCCACGGCGGGUAGUGUGAGCUAGAUUUUCAAGGGGAGGAAAUCCCGAAGACUGUUAUUCGAGAAAAUACGUCAUUCAUAGCCUUUUCUCUUCCCUUUUCAGAUGCUGGGAGACAUUUUCCUCAACUUUACUACACAGCUGCGUGCCUACACCAAUUUUUUAAACAAUUAUCCUGUAACACUACAAACAUUAGAACGAGUAAGCUUUUCUUUAUUAACUAUUAUCGUAGAUUAAGGCCUAGGCCAAACGUCGCACUUUUCAUGAGACGAACCAAACUCCAAUUUGAGUCGACCUACAUUGAGUUAAAAUCUUCUGUUGGGUCAGACGUCGAACUUAGGACGCGUCGAACCAAUCAACUGAACCAGAUCAAAAAGCAAUUUUAAUAAAUUUUCUCUCGAACGAGGCUAAAUAUACAUCAUCUUGCAAAUUUUUAAUUUAUUCGUUUAGUUCUACGCAUGUGAAGAUCGGCGUUUGUCCCGUAGACGAUCUUCAAAAGUUCUAUCGGCGUCUGAAGUAGACGGAUAGAACGUGUUGGACGAUUCAAACUCAUUCAGAGGAACUUAAAUGAGCCGAACGUCGAACUUUUCAUGAACUUAAUUCAGUAAGUUUAGUUUGUCUCUUGAAAAGUUUAACGUUUCCCUAGGCCUAAGAGUACUGUAUUUCCUCUAUUAAGCUAUUAAUCCCCUUGCAGUUUAUUAAUAUCAGUUUUCGUAAAGUGCCUCUGGACCAGCUGGGGGCGUAUUAGAGGCUGGAGGUUGGGGGCUUUCGAAAGGAGCAAAGAUGGCACAGUGCGCGGCAUUCGGUGCGUUAAGUCCCGAGUUCGAUUCCCGGUGACAUCACUUCCCUGUUCCUGCUUCUCUCCUUUCUGUGUAGCUUUCACCCUCUUAAAACACCUUUAGAACUUUGGUAGACAGAGGGGCGUACAAUGAGCGCACCGUCGGCCUCAAGUUUAUCUGUUGAAGUACUGUCACCAGUUGUCGACACAAAAUAUGGUUUGACCAAUCCGGCAUGGUUAAUCCUGUUAGGGGCAGGGGUCCUCGCCAUCACUGCUCUUAUGCCAUGGAGGCACGCAAGCCUCGCCACCAUAUCAUGUUCCAGGCGUUCAGAUAGUGUUUUAUUUCUGCUCAUUUUUUGCGUUGUCCCCGCUAUCUUAAAGGGACGCAGUCAGCUUUGGACAACACUAAUCUGGACACUAGUUUUGCAACUUUGAAAAGCGUUUACCUCAACCCGAAAUCAAAUGUACGCGUUGGAUACAUCUAGAAAUCCGCUUUAAUCUUUCCUAAUGAUUCAUUCGAUAUUUUACUGAGCACCUGUCCAGUGUAUUCUUUUACUCAUCCUAUAAUAUUAUUUCAUCAUAUUUGGUUAAAAACAGUGUGGAUUGCGUAUCUUGCGAUAUGCAAAUCAGCUAAGAAAUUGUAUCCGAUGCGCAUGUACAUUAGCUGAUUAUGUCCCUGUAACGCCUGGGACAAGCUACAUCGCCAUAACGAGUUGCCAGCCCAAGUCGAAGUCCUGACUAUACAACGUACACGGUGAAAAAUUUCACUUUACUCACUUCAUUUUUACUUACCUCUUACUUUAUUAUCAAGCCAUUAUCCUGUGUUUCUUUUUCGAUAGUGUAAAGAGCAAAAUCCUCAAUUUCGCUCAUUUCUUGCACGCCACGAAAAACAGCCAAAUACCAAAAUGAUGAGGUAUGAAAUUAUGCCUUACCUUUUAAUUUUACUCAUUUCUUAUAUCCUUCCAAUGUUUGAGUGAAUAGUAUUUUAUAAACUCUAAUUUUAUUUCUUUGUUCUUGUGUUCUGUUGUUUUCUCCUUUUUUGUUUUUGGCAUCUAGUUUGGCAGAAUUGUUGUUUCUCCCGGGAAGACAAAUUAAAAGGUCAGUUAACCUUUUUUCAGUUUGUCCUUCACACAGGGCAAAAUUAUUUUCAACAAUUGUCUGGUCGUUUUCUGCGCCUUUGUAAUUGCUUCUUUGUGUUAGGUUUUCUGUUCAAUAGACCCAUUUCACGGUUCUGUGCUUAGUGCCUUAGUCUGUAAAGUUGGCGCGGGUUCUGUUGGGGAUUCACCGCGGUAAAACGAGAGAAAUUUACGCAAGCUUAACAAAAUAACUUAAGGCUGAGGUUCUUACUUUCACUGUUUAAAAGUCUUAUGUUUUACCAAUACACUGUUAAAUGACAAAACGUUUUGACAGUUUUAAUACUAAAAAAUUAUAGCCAGACCACUGCCCAAAAAAUGCAAAAGUCCACUUUCGGUUGACAUGCGUCGCUCAAAUACGCCUUUCCUUAACCUCCCUAAUUUUACUCAGGCGCAAAGCAUUGUAAACGAAGAAGAAGGUGAAAGUUUAGAAAUGCGAAGAUAAAAGUAGUAUAGAAGACACCGAAUUAUCCGGUUUUUAUGGCAGGAAUCUCGUUAACUUCCGGUGGAGUGCAUUAACGCCGAUGACGUCAUAGCCUUUUUUCUGUAUCUCAUGAAUAAAAUGCUCAGGGAUAUCAUUUUAGAUAAGAUCCUGUGCUAUUUUUUUUCUAGAUGUUUAACUCGUUGGAUAGGUCUUCUAGUUAAUGUAUUCCUGUGCAAGUUAACGAUAGCCCUGUCCAAAAAAACCGGACAUUUCGAUCCCUGCUAUACUACUUAGUAACGUGGACUAGUUAUUUUACUCAGCCUUACCCAUACUCUCACUUAACAGUAAAUGAAUUCACGCUAAAUGAAACAAAAACGCCACAAACAGUGGAUCAACAGGCUACAUGUGCAGUCUAUUUCCCUUUAAUGGAUACAAUGUGGUCUAGGAGCUAUGGGAAAAAUUUGAUAUAAAUCUGAGGCAACAGCACACAGAGAGUGAAACCAGAACAUUGUCAACCACGAAUGUCUUUCACCCACAAGAAUUAAAUACUUUCUGAAUAGCAAGUGGCAAAUUUUCAGGGCUUAAUUACUUGUUUUGUUCCAGUUAUGUUGAGCUUUUAGAAGCGUUCUUGAGGUACACUUCAGCUGAUCACGUCGACAGAAAAAAAUUGACCCAGGCCAUUGCCAAGUUCAAGGACCUUGACACCUUAUUUAGACAGGUAAUAAAAAAAUUAUUAUCGCUUAUCCACACUAUAUGAAGUGGAAAAGGAGCUUCAUUUGUCCGCUUAGUCUGAAAUGUCAGCUGUCUCCACCCCUUAACACCAUGGGAGGGGAGGGGGCAACCCCCACGGUUUAGGGGAUUAGGGGAUGGAGACGGAUGACAUUUGAGACUAUAGUCCGCUUAAAUUUACAGCUCCAUUAAAUGCUCUCAAACAAGCAAGAUAUAAGUUUUGAAAACUCUGCCUAUGAACUCCUGUCCGUCAAUCGGUUCCCUAUAUAUUAUUAAGUGGAAGUGCUUGAAUCAGCGCCCCUCCCCCCUCCCCUCGGCUGAAAUAAAAUGAAAUAAGCGCUCCCCGCGCAAAAAGGUCAUUUGCACAAUGGCUUCAUUUUACUUCUACAACCAGAAUCCUUUUCGUUUUUCCUUUCAUAUUUUAAUUUUUAAUUUUGUAAUCCUAUCGAGUUAUAAAAAACAAAAGCCCUAAUUUGCACAAGAAAGCAAAACCAUAAAAGAUUGUGGUCGUAGUAGUAAACUGACGUCAUCUUGCAAAUGGGUGGAACACGAUGUUAAAUCUCUGUGUUGUCUGCCAAUUCUUUUAGUAACGUUGGUUUUAUUUGGUCUUUUGCAGUAUAAAGAACGUCUGGAAAGGGAAAAGUUUCUUCAAGAUUUACAGAAGAGGAUAGUCAAUUGUCCAGUAAGUCACGUCUGUUGUUCUUAACAGAGGUUCAUUUUACCGUCUCAUAUCACGGCGUUAAGAGUUCACACUACGGGUGAAGGGGGACUUGUGUGAAAAGGACUCCCUUUAAUUAGCUUCAGCUUUUUGGGUGUUCCUGCCAAGCCUCUUACACCUGUCCCUUCAUAUUAUUACUUUAGCUACUUUCUGGUUUGUUUGUCUCGUUGAUUUGUUGUCUCCUGGCGAAGCUUAUGGAAUAAAAUAAAAUAAAGAGAAAAGCCUGACUUGAAUUUGUUGUUGGCGACGUCAACGUGCUCGCUAUCUAGUACAUUCCUGGUCCCGGCUGCUCGAAAGAUGGUUGAGUUUAACGCAAAAUAAAGGCAAAUUUUAAACAAGGUUUUCUUGUCUAAGAACAUACAACUCGGGCUUGAUACAGUAUACUCCAAGAUACAAUAAUGAUAACACAAAAUGUUACUCCAAGCAAUACAUAGAAAGGUAAAAUACACAAACGGAACAAAAUUUUAAUCCUGGAUUAGUGCUAAUCGGCCUUUCAGGAACCGGGCCCCGGAGUGCAUUAUACCCAUUAUCUCAUUUUUUUUUUUAAUGAUCUUUCACUUGCUCUAUUGCAUCCGUGUUGGCCCUUACCAUCCCACUGGCUGGUUUAUAAAGUUUUCACAUUUCAAUUGAUGGUAAGUAUAAAGCGUGCUUUCGCUGUGGAGAUUUACUCCCAAACGUUUCUUUAAUAGGAGCUCUUAAUGAAAGCAUUAAAGUUACAAGUAGCCCCCUGGCCCUUCUCCCGAAUAACAAGUACAAGAUAUUCGAAAUCUUCCUCGAAGAUAUCAGCUAACGAAGCUACUCUAACUAUUUUAACUCCUCUAAGUUUCGAGUUGCAAUGAAUAUUAUGUAUGUAUGUAUCUAUGUAGAAGUAAGUUAUGUAUGUUCCUGUUUCACUCCGACGUGUCAAAAAACAUCCACUGGGCAGAGCACGCGACGCGCAAGCAGCUUUACGGUGUGACCACCAGUCUUCCAACCUUACAGCUGCCAGAACGCCAUCUCCAACUCGCCGGUCAUUACGAACAAGCAAAGGGCGACUCUUUCUAUGGAGACCAAGCGGCCCUGCUUCUUCGCUGAAGGAAAAUGAAGUUCCCAGAUAAGAUAUGCAAGAGAUUUUGGAAUCCACAGGGAGUAGCUUGCGGCCGUGAUGUCGGAUAGGAUAGCCUGUGUACAGACGUCCCCCCUCCCUCAGAAAAAAAUCGGGAGAAGAGACUGUUCUCCCGGUUUUUUUCUGAGGGAAGGGGGACGGCUGUACACAGGCUAGGAUAGGAAUCAUAGUUCAUAGCUUCUCGACUCCGAACGGUGGUAAUGAUGGUGAUGAUGACGACGCUCUUGUUUCAAUUUUCUAUGUUUUCACUGUUUGCAGGUUCUUGCAGAGAAAAGUCGUCAUUUCAUUCGCGAAGAGGAUGUCAUCCUACUGUCAACUCCAAAUAUUGGCAGACAAGUUAAACCAGAGUUCAGGUAAAUAUUUCAACAUUAAAGCUUUUUUCCUGCUUUUAUCACACCGAUGGGAAUACCGCAUUAGAAAUUGUUCUUUUUGACAACGUCGAUCUCCCUGGUUUUAUAUAUACUUCCGCCGGACAGAGUUAAGGGUGUUUUAAUUUAGCAAAGCGCAUUGUUUAAAUAUUUCGUUUCCGCUACUUCUCUGUUAGAAGUAAGUAAUCAACACAGUCCUGGGCGUCCUGUGUCACUGCUUGCGUCACAGCCUGUAUGAUUUGACGCGGCAAUCGAGCAAGUGAAGAACUGUUUUUAUUUUAGAUGGAUAGAUAGAUAGAUAAAUCGUUUAUUAAAAAAAGAAACACCUCGCAGUCCGAAGACUGAAUUACGUGUAUAAUAUACAAGUUAUGGUUAAAAUGGAUUUAAAAAACUAUAAUAAUAAAAAUGUACAAAUCUAACAAAAACAUUUUAAACGUAAUUGGUGUUAUGGUGGCCAACUAAAAAACCAAAUGGUUCACUUGGCCAUCGUAAUAAUAAUAAUAAUAAUAAUAAUAAUGGAAUUUAUAUAGCGCUUAUACAUCGCUGUUCUAAGCGCUUUACAAUGUAAAAAAGGACAUAAGAAUAUCAUUAAGCACAAGCUUACAUAUAACACUACUGUACAUAUUGGGAAAUUUAUAGCAUACACAUAUUAAAAAGGAAAGAAAACAAAAACAAAUAUGAUGAAACUAAAUGUCAUAUACCUUUUUAAAAAGAAACAUUUUCAACGUAGACUUAAAAAGAUUAACAUCAGAACAAGCACGAAUUUCAAAGGGGAGGUUCUUCCAUAGUUGAGGGGCAGCAACGGAAAACGCUCGCUGGCCAUAAGUUUUCAUGUUAAAAUUUGGUUCUUCAAGGCGUAAAUGAUCCCUUGAUGACCGUAAUGUCCUUGAUUGAUGGUAAAAUUUUAAAAUAUCUUUAAUAUCUUCAUCGUACUCAACCUUUCAUAUUAAUUCUACAUAAACAUUUAUCUUGUAAAUCUAUAAAGUCUUUAACUUAGCAGUAGUCAAAAUAUUGAGUAAAAAUAAACUGAACUGGAGGGGUGGGGUGGGUAAACAAGUGCGACUGUUAUGGGAUCUUAUUUGUUAUUUUAGGUGCAGAAAAGGUGCUUUUUAAGUUAACUACAAACACUCUCGUCUUUCAAAAGCCUUUCUGCUUUCUUUCGUUUUUUGAAUACCAGGGUUUAUCAACAAGUUGGAGAUCUUGGUUUAUUUCUGUUUAAUGACGCUUUGCUUGUCGCCACUCUCACCUUCAAGUUUGUUCCUUUCUCAAGGCUGGUUCAAAGGAAUUACAAGUAUGUAUUUUAACGUGGUGAUGGUGUUGAUGAAAUAAAACUUUGAAAGAGCUCAGUCCUGUUGUAAUUUGUGUAUUUUACCCUGGAUUUUAUUAAACAAACAGAAGCACCUCGUGUUUUUAACUUAGUUUUUAACUUUAAUACGGUAAUCAUUGGAAACUCAGCCUUUGUUUUUACUAGAGUUAGAAUACUCAUUAACUAUUAACUCCCGUGAAAACGUAAUAAUAAGAGGAGAAGUCUCGAAAUUGAAGGAAUUCUUGAAUUGUUAGUUUUUGUAAAAUAGAAAAGCGCGCGCCAACGAGAUAAUAAUACAGUUAACUACAAAGGUUCGAGGAUGGUUUAGGAUGAAGACUGAUUUAAUAUAAAUGUUUUAAGUUGCACCGUCACAUAGCUGAGUCAAAAGGUUCCUGUAUGACAAGCGCAAACGCAAGUAACAGUGCUGAGCGCAAAGUAGAGGAAACAGCGAGCAGAGCGCAAUCGAUCAAAGAGGUUGAUUGUAAAGCCUGCUCCUUUUCUGACUGGCUAGUGCGUUUACAUUAGUUGUCGUUUUUCGAGACUCUCUUGACUAAAGGACGGUGUACUACGAGAAAUUAGGAAGCUUAAGCAACCACAACGACAACGACAGCGUCACAAAACAAUUGGUUUUAUAAGCAAAACAACAGCUCUGCACGGGCAUCACGCUUUUUAGCACAUUUCUUUGACGUCCACCGCACGACUAGAACUCAAAACCUCCUAACACGACGUUUUAUGGAGGAUGUGAACAUAAGACGACGAAUUGUCCUUUUUCUUUUUGAACCAGGUCAAAAUCUUAAGUAUUCCAACACUAGAAAAAAUGCCUACUUUUGACAAAUUGAGAAUAUUCAAAUAGACGCGAUAAAGUUUGAAUGAACGCAAAUUCAUUUUUUGACGGCGUUUUCACUGCCGGUCGUUGUAUUUGUCGCGUAAGGAGGCUCGAUAGGGUUUUGCAGGGUCAAUACCUCCGAAUUUUGAGCAUGAAUUACGUCGCCAUUAACAAGGAUUUGGAAAAAUUACCAACACAUCUGUAUUAGAUAAAAAUGGAAAUUUGUAAUGAUUAUGAUUACAAUGACAUCGGAGUUGUCAUAGCAGCGAAAUGACGCCAUUACCUAUUUUACUUGCAGCUGUAUGCACAAACUUGGGAGGUAUUGACCCUGAAAAACCCCAUCGAGCCACCUCAACCUCUCUUGUCAAAUAGAAGUCAAACUUGACUCGUGGAUUUUUUUAGAUUUCAAGCGUGUAUGACCUUGAAGAAAUUGAGGGUGGAAAACCUGGCUGAUUCCAAAUGUAAGUUCAUUGUUAUUAAUUGCUAGUACUUGUCUGUGAUCUCGGUUAAAAGCCUCUACAGCAAGUUACGUUUAGGACCCGUCACACGUAUCCCGAUUUUGGAAAAUGGAGAUUUCUUAAGCCUUCCGUCCACACGUAAACUGCGUUUCGCAGCUUUUCGAAAAGGGCUCCCAGAGUGGAGUUUUUUUGUAAAAAUGCCGGCUUAACGAAAACGGAGGUUUUGGAAUACGAUGAUAUCAUACUUACUACAGCGCAUUCCCUGCAUGCGCUAUCUGAUGAAUAUGAAUGCUAUCGUAAUUCCAUCGUUUUAGCGUUUCCGUGUGGAAGGGCGAAAACGAUUCGAGUACGCUACGUGUGCACCCGUAUUUUAUCGAAAACGGAAAAUAAAAUCAGCUCCGUUUUCAACAACAUCCGGAUCCGUGUGGACGGGGCCUCACUUCGUUUCUGCCUAUCUUCAUUCACACUCUAGAUGUAAAAAAUGCUUUUACCAUCGUGUCACCAAAGAGACUGUGGUUGUGCCAGGCGCACACUUGGGACCAGAAAUUUCAGUGGCUUUCAGUUCUAGAAAAUUCCAUCGCUGCUGCACUGGAAAGAGUGUGAAAGCCUGAAUGAAGAGUGACGUCAUUCAAGAGACGCAGCAAAGGGUGUGUCACCCUCUCUCGCUCCCAGUCCCGGAGGCAGUUACUCAAAUAGAGGAAUACGAGUGGUCCAUUGUUUACCUCAGGAAUAGCAAAGCUAGCGCGCGUGAAAAUCAUGAGGAGAGAUAACACGCAAAGGGAAACCUUUCCACGCGGGUGGUGAUUUUCACGCGCGCUCGUAUAUUUCCUUCGCCCAGGAUCCAAUACUUGAGGAAAAAGAAAGACUACUGGUGCUCUGAGCCCUAGGUAUCUGAAUCAAAGGUGGAUAGCGCUAUCCAAUUGGUAUUAGGGGGUUUAAGCGAAGACGUGUUUGAACGACUCACGUCAAAUGGAAGUGUAUGUUUUGCAUUCUUGGGUAUUGGUUUAAACCAAAUGUUUUGGGCCACCCAGGGCUAUGAUAAUCUGGACGUAUUACCGUGGUUUCGGAUACGAAAAUGACACAGUUGAGUGAAAGAUGCUAUUCGUCGUGCUUUGUGUGAGAUAGGCGGGUUAGUAGAGACCUUUAGAUUCUGAGACGAGUACAACUACGAGUAC